AGAAGAAGAAAUUAUAGGCAGUUCCUGUUAAGAGCUAAGUUGGUUGCUGAGUUGCCUUUAGGCCUCUCGCAGGCCUGUCAGUUUCCAAACUGGGGCAGGAGAAUGUGGACAGCUGCAUUUCUUCCUUGCAACAGUGAAAUAUUUUUUCCUCAUUCAUGACCCGGCAGAAACAGCUGGGCCUCUGCUGUUGGUCAUUGGACCUGGCAGCCACCUGGUGGCAUCUCUGCCUCUCCAACAUAGGGGACAAGAGACUGCUGGGACAGCAGAUGCAGUGGUGGUGAUAUUUUCACCCUUGCCAAGAUUUUAGGGCUGGGCUGAGCCGGGGGGGGGGUUGCCCACUUCCCCUCCCAAGCACAACACCCCUUAACAAUGUAAACACCAGCACCAGAUGGUAACUAUGGUUAAAGUAAACCAGGCAGGUUCCCACCAGGGUUUGCUAAACAGCUGAGGCCUCUUUAGUUCAGCUUCAACAAUCAGUCAUUUAAAAAUGGCCGCCUUUAACAGUUUUCUUCUCAAAGAGAGGCAACAAUCCUCAGCCAGAGAUGUCUGCUCACAUUUACAAAUGAUGCUGAAAAUGUACAAGGAGAUGACGGUUGGUCUUUUCACAGGAGCCCUCUGGAUUCAAGAUUGGCUGUUUGUUGUGUCCUGUUUGUGGGGCUGGGGUAGCUCAGGCAGUGAACGCAGAGCAGUCACCUGUUUGCUCAACUCUUUCCCCCUCCCUUCUCUGUUCCAGAGUUCCUACCCCAUCUGGGAAGAUUUCAACUCCAAGGCAACUAAACUCCACUCCCAACUGCGGUGAGUUUCUCAACAGAACUGGCACAGCAACAACACAGCUGCCAUUUGUCCCCUAGCUUGGUCUUCUCGCCAUGUGUGUCAUGAAAAGAGACUCUUGAUUUCUUCUAUGCUCUCAGCUUCCUCUCCCCACACCCUCCUUUCUUUAGAAAAUAAACGAUGUGUCCCCAGCUGGUUCAGGUUCUUUUGAAACCCCACAGCCAGUAGCACUGCACAUAGUGAGAGCGUAGACCAAGCUUCACCAACCAGCUGCCCUCCAGCUGCUUUGGACUACAGCUCCCAUCGGACCCAAAAUCACCUAGUCAUGCUAGCUGUAGCUGAUGGGAGUUGUAGUCCAAAACAGCUGGAGGGUGCCAGGUGAUGGGGUAGAUUUUGCAUGGCAGAUUACAGUUUCAUCAGGCGCUCUUAGCCAAACAGCAGUGCAAGCUGGGCAAAUAUCCCCAAGCGGUGUAUAUUUUCCAGCUGGCAGCUGCUCUAGGAGUUGAAUGACACUGGCCAGAGGAAUGAGAGCUGAUGGGUGGGGGUUUUUUUUGGAUGAUUGUAAUCUGCUGCAAGCUACCUUGGAGAUCAUUGGAUCCAAAAGCUGGGUGGAGGUCUUCUCUCAGAUGAAAUGCAGUCUGAGUCUAUUUUUUAAAAACCGCCCUGCAUCAUUUCUUUGUGGGGAAACAAAACCUGUGCAGAUCUGUGUCCUGAGCCCUGUGUCAUAGGGCUCAAUCCACAUACAGUGAAAUGGGCCCAGGAAAUUCUGCUGGCAUCCCUGGAGGCUGUGACUACCACAUAAUGAGCUGGGGAUGCCCCGGUUCAAUGCAAAAAUAAAAUAACUCACUUCUUUAAGUUAAGUUUUAGAAGCAAUGGGGAGGGCAGAAUCCUAGUAGCUUUGCUGCCAGUAAUGAGAGGUCCCACCCAUAUGGCUGCUCAGAAACACCAUAGUUGGCCCCCGAGUUCCUUUCACCUGCCAUUUCUUACCUGAAUGUCCCUCUCCACAAGAAGGUACCAUUUCUUAGCAUGAUCUGGUGUGCACGUUCUGAUCCUCCUUUCCAUCCCCUUCCAGCUAUCACAGAAAAGCAUGUGCCAAAGUCGCAGCCUCCCCAUGUCAGCCGCUUUCUCUCAGACAAGUGUGCCUGCUCUUUUCUCUGGAACUGCCAUUCUUCCUUCUCUCCCUUUUGAUAGAUCAUCACUGUGAUCUUGUUGUUAGUUCUUUGUAUCCUAGGGAUUUUUAUUUUCUCUCAAUAUUUUUCAGACCUUGUGGCUCUUUUUCUUUUUGUAACAAAACAAAAUUGAAGUACCAGCCCAUCUACAGGCAAAGUGCUAUUGAGUCUUUUAAUGGCUCCUUUGCCUUUUUAAUUAAACAGUUCCUGUUUGCAGAUUUAACUCAUAGCUUUGUGAUUAGCACUGGUUCAAGAUUAGUGGUGAGUAGCUUUUAAUAUCCUCCUGAAUAGCCUUUCUAAAUUGGCUUAAUAUUGGUUGUGGUUCCCAUGGGGAGGGGAAAGCUCCAUUUAUUAUUUUUAUUUUUUUUUAAAAAAAUAGCUGCUAUUUAAAUAGCUGCUAUUUAAAAAAUAGCUUUUAAAUCAUUUUAAAAAAUGAUUUUAAAAAAUAGCACAAUACAUUUUUGGCUAUAUAAAAAUGAGGGUAGGUGGGUGCGGAGUCACACUUACACAAGGAAAUCUGUAAUCCAAGCCCCCACCCCAUGGGAACAGAAACUGACCCUAGGCCGGCAAUUAACCAAAUCCAUUCAAGGGGCAAUUAAUAGGCUGUUCAUAAUUGAUGCCAGGUAACAUAAAAUGGGAUCAUUCUAUAAGGAGUAAACUUUUAAUUAAAGCUUCUGAAAACCUUUCAUGAACAGGAUUUUCUUGUGAGUUAAUGUUAUAGAAGGAUCUUGAGAAUAAUAGAUAAUACAGUGCCAUUUUAAGCCAUUGUGUGGAACCUCUAUUUUCAAAUUUUUUUUAGUUAAUUGAACAAAGUGAGUGCCUCAGCAGCCCUAAAGGGUUCAAGUGAAGAAUAUAGCAUUUUCCUGGUAUUCUCUAGGGAAAAGCACCUUUCCAAACACUACCUUGUGGCCCAACCCAGUAUUUGAGUAGAGCCUGCAUCAGUUUUGCGUAUUUGACUAUAUUCAGUUAGUCUGCUAAUAGCAUCUGUGGCAGUUGUUUUUUCUAACAGUUACCUUGGGCAUAAUUUUUUCUAAUGCUUUCUUUUACACACACACACUAUUUUAUGAGUGUGCUAGUUGCAAUGAGUGGAUGCCAAUUGUAAGUACAAUAUCGGGCAACCUUGGCAGUUUCAAAGUUUUUAAUCUUGUUUACUAAUCAAAUGUAAAAUAAACAUGAUAAAUGAGAAUAUUAUGUAGGGCAUCAGAAAAAAAUCCUGUACAAAUCACUAUGAUCACAGUUCAAAAAUUUAUGGAAAACACUGUUUUCUUAUGCUAGUGUUAUUUCAUACCUGAGUUUCUUGACGUUUUGCUGGAGGAAGGAUAGCGUAUAGAACGGUGUUAUCCUGGGAUUAAAAAAACUAAGAACUAGGGACUGUGCCCCUAUUUCCUCCACUUGCAACACCCCCUUUAGCCCAAGGUGGGGAACCAUUUUGGCUCUGCAAGCUAGAUCCUUAUCAGGAUCUGCCUUGUGGUCCAAAAUUGACAGGUGGGCAAGUCCAUCCACCUGCCAGUCAAGUGAUGUCGCAAAUGGCAUCGUGCUUCUAAGCCUGGACAUUAAAUCGCCUCUCAGGCAGCUGCAUGCUGCUAAAAAGAAGGCUUUGAUUUCCUUUUAGUACCACAUUGCUGCUUGUGAGGUACUUUGAAGUCCAAACUUCAAGACUCCAAAGCCCAGCAAAAUGGAGCAAGGAGCUCUCUCAUGAACCCAGGUCAAGCUAACUUGAUCUCCCUUUGCAUCAGCUGAUGGGUGGAGAGGUCAGGGGCAGUUUGGCGCAUCUGUUUGGCCUGUUCCCAGAAGGAAUGGCCAAAUGGAGCUCUUUGUAAGCAAUUGAAAUAAAAUUGGCAGACAGGGCUAUCACCUUUGGUCCACCCCACCCCCCAAAAGUCCUCCUCCCUUUCUCAGGAGGCUCUUCCUCAGCUGCGCACCCUUUCUCCUCUGCCUCAUCUCCUCCUUCAGUCCCUUUCCCUCCUCCUUUGCUUGAGCUUUAACCUCCUGUCCUCCAGUUUCCACCUUCCUCUCCUCCUAAUUGUCAUCACUGCCGUAGUUUGCAGGGCUAGUGCCAUCUGUCAGUGGUCUUGUGAAUUACACCAUGACAACAGUCUUGUAUGUGUUUUACAGAGAAAAGGGAAUUCAGGGGUUGGUGUGUGAAAUUAAUUGCAGAUCUGAUGCAAUCAGCUAAGAGCUGGUAGGUUUUAGUAAUCAGUGGAAAGAUGUCAUCUGGAUGCCAAGCUAGGUGUCUCUGCAUCCUAUCCUUGUACCUUUGGCCCUUAUGUACUUAAAUGGAGGAUUUUACAUUCAUUUCUAUUGAAUUUACAUUGGUGGUUUCAGCCCAGCUUUCCAGCCUGUCAAGGCAGUUUUAACCCUCAAUUUUGUCUUCUGUAGUGUUAGCUACCCCUCAGUUUUGCAUUAUCUGCAGUUUUGAUAAGCACUCUCUUUUUUUAUAUAUAUAUAAUUUUUUUAUUGAUUUUACAGACAAGUUUUAUACAAUACAAACAAAUAAAAAGACAUACAAACAUGUAUAGUUUCAUAACCUUUUUUUUCAUAACCCUCUUCUCGGACUCCCCAAACCUCCCUUCCUACAUCCCAAUUUCCAAAAUUAUUUCAGCAAAUUCUAAAUAAUGUUAUCAAAUAUAUUUUUCUUAUUUUUUUUUCUUCAACUUAAUCUUAUGUCGCUGUAAUCUCCUUUUCUUUCUCCAAACCUCGACAUUUUAACAUUCCUCAAUUUUAUAAUAGUUCUUUAGAUAGAUUUUAAAUUUCUUCCAAUCUUCUUCCACCGUCUCUUUCCCCUGCUCACGGAUUCUGCCAGUCAUCUCAGCCAAUGUCAUAUAGUCUAUAACCUUCAUCUGCCACUCUUCCAAGGUGGGUAGUUCUUCUGUCUUCCAAUACUUUGCGAUGAGUAUUCUUGCUGCUGUCGUAGCAUACAUAAAAAAAGUUCUGUCUUUCUUUGAUACCAAUUGGCCGGCAAUGCCCAAGAGAAAGGCCUCUGGUUUCUUCAGGAACGUACAUUUAAGUACCUUUUUCAUUUCAUUAUAUAUCAUUUCCCAGGAAGCCUUAAUCUUUGGGCACGUCCACCAAAGGUGAUAAAAAGUACCUUCAGUUUCUUUACACUUCCAACACUUAUUAUCAGGCAAAUGAUAAAUUUUUGCUAGCUUGACUGGAGUCAUGUACCACCUAUAGAUCAUUUUCAUAAUAUUUUCCUUUAUGGCAUUACAUGCCGUAAAUUUUAUACCGGUGUUCCACAACCAUUCCCAGUCAGCAAACAUAAUGUUAUGACCAAUGUCCUGUGCCCACUUAAUCAUAGCUGAUUUAACUGUUUCAUCUUGUGUAUUCCAUUUCAGCAGCAAAUUAUACAUUCUUGACAAGUUCUUAGUAUUGGGUUCUAACAGUUCAGUUUCUAAUUUUGAUUUCUCCACCUGGAAGCCAAUUUUCCUGUCUUGUUUAUACACCUCCAUUAUUUGAUAAUAAUGGAGCCAAUCUCGUACUUUGGGUUUCAAUUUCUCAUAGCUCUGUAGUUUCAACUUAUCUCCAUCUUGUUCCAAAAUUUCCCGAUACUUUAGCCAUUCGGCUUCCAUAUUAAGCUUUUUCAACGCCGUAGCUUCCAAAGGUGACAACCAUCUAGGGGUCUUACUUUCCACCAAAUCUUUAUAUCUUAUCCAAACGUUAUAUAAUGCUUUCCUGACAAUAUGAUUUUUAAAGGCCCUAUGCACCUUAAUUUUAUCAUACCAUAAAUAUGCAUGCCAACCAAAUGUAUUGUUAAAACCUUCUAAGUCCAAGAUGUCUGUAUUCUCGAGGAGCAUCCAUUCUUUCAGCCAGCAAAAAGCUGCUGCUUCAUAAUACAGUUUUAAGUCCGGCAGGGCAAACCCCCCUCUUUCUUUUUGCAUCCGUCAGUAUUUUAAAUUUUAUUCUGGGCUUUUGCCCUGCCAGACAAAUUUCGAAAUAUCCUUCUGCCACCUCUUGAAACAGUCUAUCUUGUCUAGAAUUUGUAAUGUUUGGAACAAGAAUAGCAUUCUAGGCAAUACAUUCAUCUUAAUAACUGCAAUUCGGCCUAACAUUGACAAUUUCAAAUUUGACCAUAUUUCUAGAUCUUUUUAAUUUCCGACCAACAUUUUUCAUAAUUGUCUUUAUACAGGUUCAAAUUCUUAGAUGUCAAAUAAACCCCUAGGUAUUUCACCUUCUUUACCACUGUCAAACCUGUUUCAUUCUGAAACUUCUCCUCUCCAUGACUGUUAAAUUUUUUCCAAAACUUUAGUCUUUUGUUUAUUCAAUUUAAAUCCAGCUACCUGGCCAAAUUCUUGCAUUAGCUCCAACACCCUUUUUGUACUAGUGUCUGGCUCUUGUAAAGUAAGUACUAAAUCAUCUGCAAAGGCCCUUAACUUGUAAAUGUUUAGCUCCGACCUGUACACCUUUAACCUGCUGGUCAUCUCUAAUCAUAUUUAGCAACACCUCCAGAACAGAAAUAAAAGUAAUGGGGAAAUAGGGCACCCCUGUCGUGUCCCUUUUUCUAUUUUAAAUUCUUCAGUUAUCACAUUAUUUACAAUCAACUUAGCCUUUUGUUCAGUGUAUAUGGCACCCAUACCAUUCUCGAAUCCUUGGCCUACCCCCAUCCCAUGAAGAUUCUUUUUCAUAAAACUCCAAGAAAUAUUGUCAAAGGCUUUCUCCGCAUCUACAAAGAUCAGAACUGCUUUAGUGUUUAUGUUCACCUCUAAUAAUUCCAAAAUGUCUAUUAUGUUCCUCACAUUGUCUGAUAAAUGCCUUUUGGGAGAAAGCCUGCUUGGUCCUUAUGAAUCUUCUCCAUCAACACUCUUUUCAAUCUUUUGCCAAAAUGUCUUCAAAAAUUUUGUAAUCCACAUUAAGUAAUGAUAUUGGGCGGUAGUUCUUAAGUUAAUUCUUUUCAAUCUCUGUCUUUGGUAUGAGUGUAAUGAACGCUUCUUUCCACGAUUCUGGUGCCCUUUUCCCCUCUAAGAUCUCAUUACAGACUUCCUUUAAUGGUUUUACCAACCACUCCUUCAAAGCUUUAUAAUAUCUGGAAGUCAGUCCAUCUGGUCCUGGAGAUUUGCCCAGUUGCAUGUUUUGAAUGGCACCCUCUAUCUCUUGAUCUGUUAUUCUCUGAUUUAGAUCCACCUUACUUUGGUGAGAGAUUUUUUGUAGUCCAUACUUUUUAAGAAAUUCUUCUAUAUCCUCCUCCUUCUGUGGUCCUUGUGAAUAUAGUUUUUAAAAUAACUCAAAAACAAUUUCUUAUCUCGUUAGGUUUAGAUAUAUUCUUUCCAUCCACUUCUAGGCUUGUAACUGUGUUUAGUUUCUGUCUUUUCUUCAAUUGCCAAGCCAGAAGUUUCCCACAUUUAUCUGCAGAUUCAAAUGUCUUUUGUCUCAUUUGUUUUAUCUUCCAUUCAAUCUCUUGAUUCAUCAAUUCCAUAUAUUGUGUCUGGUAUAACUUAAUCUCUCUCAAAAUCUCCUGGGACUUUGGUUUUGAUCUCAAUUUCUUCUCUCCUUCUUUUAUCUUUUCCAAGAUCUUGUCCUUCUUCUCAUUUUGCUUUCUUUUUACUGAAUUUUGUUGAAUUAGAAAUCCUCGCAUCACUGCUUUACUUGCGUCCCAGAUCACUCUUUUUUCUACAUCAGUUUUUAGAUUUAUUUCAAAAUAGUCCUUUAAAAUUUUUUGGGCCUUUUUGUGGAUCUCCUCAUCUCGAAACAGGGUGUCAUUCAUCCUCCAUCUGAAUUGACCAGUUGUUGUAAGUUUCAUUUCCAUCUUCACGGCGUUAUGGUCGGAGCAGGUCUUUGGGCAGAUUUCCACUUUUUUAAUCUUUGGAGCCAACCCACUAGUAAUCCAAAUUUGAUCGAUUCUGGUCCAGGUCAUCAUUGCUUCAGAGAAAAGGUUCCCUCUCUCUCGAGAGGAUUCCUUGUUCUCCAAAUAUCAAUCAAGUCCAUAUUUUCAGUUAUUUCAAAGAAAGUCUUUGGUAGUCUCCCAUCUCUGGUGAUUACCUGUCUUUGUGCUUUGUCCAUAUUUGUAGAUACCACUCCAUUCAUGUCUCCCAUCAUGAUUAAAUUGUAAUCCAAAUAAUCCAACAAUGUCUCAUGCAAAUUCUUAAAAAAUUCUGACUUCCCUUCAUUAGGUGCGUAGAUCCCUAGUAUCAAAAUUUUUCACCUUGAAUUUGCACUUCAAUUGCCAAAUACCUUCCUUGUUCAUCUUUGAAUAUAAACUUUGGGGAAAGUUUUCUUUGCAUAGAUUACCACUCCUCUUUUCUUAACUUUAUCCGAUGAAAUAAAUUCUUGGCCUAAUCUCUUAUUGACGAGUAGUUUCCUAUGCAAUCUUGUUAUAUGAGUUUCCUGUAAACAAAUUAAGUCCAACUGCUCUUUUUCAAUAAAUGAAAUAUAUUUUCCUCUUUCGCUGGAAGGUUAAGUCCAUUACAAUUCCAACUUAGAAGUUGCAGGGCCAUCCUGAAGCUAUUUGCCUCCUGUUGCUCCGAGUAGUUGUUCUUCUUCUGUUGGUGAUUUCAGUCCAAACGUCAAGUUUAAGAUGUCUGUUGCGUCUUUCGAUUCUGGUGUUAUUUCCUCUCCGACUGUUCCUUUCAGAAGGUCUUCCCUGUAGUGAUUUAAAAAUUGAUCUCGAUCUUCUACUGAUCUUAUCCUUAUUUUCCUACCUUUGAAUUUAAAAGAUAGGCCUUAUGGGAAUUCCCACCUGAAAGGUACUUCGUUCUUCUUCAGCAAUCCGACCAGUUCUUUAUAGUAUGUUCUUGCGUCUAGAAUUUCCUUUGGGAUAUCUUUAAAAAUCUCCACAAAAGAGUCUUCGAUCUCGAGUGUUCUUUGAAAAUGCAGGCUCAAUAUUUUAUCUCUCUCCUCUCUUGAUCCUAAUGUUAUUAGGCAAUCCCUUGGCUUCUUCCUGCCUUGUGCUCUUCCCAGUCUAAAGGCAGUGACUAUUUUAAUUUCUUCUUUCUCUAACUCCUGUUGCCAAAAAUCCGCAAAUUCUUUAGAAAGGAAGUUCGCCAAGUUAUCUCCUUCACUUUCAGGCACCGCUCGUAGUCUUAAAUUUCUAUCUCUUCUCUGCAAUUCAAGCAUAGACAGGGCCAAUGUAUGAUCUUCUAACUUUUUGCAAACUGGUACAAUUUUUUCCUGUGUAGCAUCCGCCGAGACUUUAGCCUCAUCAGCAGAGACUUUGGCUUCUUCUGCGAUUUCUAUGUUCUCCUCCAAGUCUUUUAUAAAACAGCAGAGGGCCUAAGACAGAGCCCUGGGGACCCUGUGAGACCUCCCUUCCAUGUUAAUGCUGAGCCCUUGUGAGCACUUCUUGGGUAUCUAUGCUGGAUAAUAAUGAGCUAGGGGUCCAUUGUGUCACGUCUUUGCAACAGAGAGAGUAUAGGUUGCUUUGGUUGAGGUGGCACAAGGAACUGAAGGAUUCUUUGGUUAAUAAUAAAAUUAUAAUAAUAAUAAACCAUCUCCAGGAUUGCCACCUCUUACUCUGAUGUGCUAUAAUAUUGCAGUAAAAAAUGAGGACAUUUUCGGGAGCAAGAUAAUCCAGUGAAAGUAAGAAAAUGUACUGUGCCAAGGAGACAUGUUGUCUUGCUCAGAAGCCUUGGGGAUAUUUUCACAGGCUCACCUUCUGUGAUGGUUCCAGUGCUUCCAGGUACUUGCCACCUGGUCCAGCCAUUAAUCUGGAAACACAGGCCCCUAAAGGAAUGUGUAUAUUUUGAGAAAGGCGUUAAGUUCUCCAGAUACUAAAGAGUACAUUAUAUAAAGUAUUGCCAGAAUCAGAUAUUUGUCCUUAUCCCUAGCAAGGUAAAUGGGAGCGAGAUCUACAGAUAAAUAUUGCUUUAGACAGCUGGAAAUGCAUAUGGAACUCUGCAACUCAAAUGAAUAUGAGCACAAACCUUAAGAAGUUUUACAAGUGAUUGUGCAGAUGAUGUUUCUCUCCACAGAGACUGAGGAUGCUUCCGGACAGCAGCUCUUAAGCUGCAAACAAGUCCUGCAUAUUCAAUUUUUCUGUGUGUACUUUUGGCACACUACCUUCCACGCAAUCCCAUUUUCCCCCUGUCUUAAUAGUCACUGAUAUUCUGCUGCUUGACAUCCACACCAGUGGAUCUUGCCUUAAAAUAAAGGAAUUUUAGGAACAAUGAUACAGAAGACAAGACAGGCCAUAAACUCCCACUACAUCCGUUAGUCGUUCUUUUUGAUCAUACAGAAAUAAUACUCUCUAAGGAAGAUCAGGAAAUGGUUAUUUAUCUUUUAAUGGCUGCCGGAAUAUGUAUUUCACGUAUAACAAGAAAUAGGAGGUUACAACAAGCUUUCAAUGGCUGUGAAAAUGUCUGGGAUUUUAGUAUGAUGAAGCUUACUAAUUUUACUCAGACAAGAAAGCAGAGUAAAUUGGAAAGUUACUCAGUUGAGAGUUGAGUGAGAUUUUUGGGAAUUGGAAAGUAUAGGAACAUAUAUAACCCCAAUGAGUUAUUAUGCACAAUUUAACAGCACAGAAGUUGUUAAUGAAAGAUUAUUAAUUCAAUCUGUAAAUUCUUUGUAUUGAUGACACAAUAUGGACAAGGCUUCCUUUUGUGCUGGCGGGGGGGGGGGGAGCAAGCAAGAGGUGCUAAUGGACUUUCUCCAUUGCCCUUUCCCCAAUAAAAAUCCCUGCUUUCCCCCAAACCGUUAGUGCCAUCCGGCAUGGCUAGUGGCCAAGGAUGAUAAGUUGUACUGUAGUCCCAACAAUACAGGGCACCACUUAAGCUACUUGUGACUUACAGAGUCACAUGAUCAGGGUAUUAGCUAAGCCCCACCUCCUUUUGUCCCACUACUCCAGCUGAAGUUGGAGCCCUGCCUCCCUGUCGCAGUGAAAUAAAAGAAGUCCACAUAUGAGCAUCAUAAUGCCUAGUGUGGCUUUGAUUCAUUACCAGCUCCUUCCAGCAGUUAAGAAGGCAAGCCCUGGCUCUCCUAAAUCCCAGGUAAAUGUGCCAAAAUUGUGAUAUGUGAAGUCUCUUUGAGCCAUGUUGCUCCUUCCCGUGCAGCAACACAGAAGCAAAGGGGCUGGUUUUGAGAGUGGCAAGGCAGUUGCAGCAUCCAGAGGGAAGCUGCAGAGCCCCCUCCCCACAUAUCACGGCCUCAGGAUCCCGAUGCAGUUGAGAUCCCAAGAGGUUGAAAGUUGCCUCUACUGCCUUGCCUGUGAGCAGCUUCCAAUCAACGCUGAGUAAGAAGGUUUCCUCCCCAGAGUUCCCAAAAGGAGCCUUCCUCUCCCCCCCCACAGCCUUGUUCCCAGGGUCACCCCCUUGCUUUGCUUUUCCCCAAGAGUUUUUGGAAUCCUCCCCCUUUCUGCUUGCCAGCCACCUCCUCUGGCAUAUCAAAGGCUUCUGUGAAGGGGCCCUUUCAGCCCAUCCACCCUGGCUUUGCCGUCGCCGGAUAUGCCUUGUGCGGCUGCCCUAUUAAUAGCCCCCCUGGCUUCGCUGGUGUUUCUCAGCCCUCCGUGGAGCUGAAAGAGCCUCUUGUGUUCCGCUCAGCAUCUCCUCAGCUGUUUGCGCACUGUGUUCCCCUUCCACUCUCCCAAAGCGCCUUUUGUGCUCAUUGCCUAUCUGGAGAGAGUGCUCUCUAUUUCCUCCGCUUUCUCCGCACACAGAGUAACUCCACAUCGGCUCAGAGCUAGUUUGGGGAGGGAGAGAUUGAAGCUCUGGGCUCUGCCUAACGAGGAGUGUCGGCCAACCCAUAAGUAGAAGGGGAGGCUGAACAAACUUGGCGCUUAAAGCCUUUCUUUGGGAAGAGCCUCCUCUGCUUUGAUUGAUUGAUUGAUUGAUUGGAUUUAUAUCCCUCCCUUCCUCUCCAAGAAACCCAGGGCAGCAAACACAUGUAUCAUUUAAAAUAAAGAAACAAAAAGAAAGAAAGAAAACAUUUUAAAUUGGUUUAAACAUUGUAAAAACAACUACAAUUAAAAACAUCUAAAAUCAGUUGCAGUUAAUUAUAAAAAAAAUUCUAGAAGCAGCUAAAAACAUUAUUCCAUCCAAUGAUCUUAGAGUUACUUGAAACAGUAUUUUGUCAGCUACUCCACAGCCAGGGAACCACCACUGAAAAGGCCCUGUCACUAUCCCAGUUACUUGGCAUGUAAACUGUUUGAGGCUCAAUUUCUACUGGCAGCUCUAGGUAGAGCUGGGAAUGGUCUGUGUCUGAAACCCUGGAAAGCCUUGGCUGCCAGACAGUGUUCAUAAUGCUGCACUAGAUAGAUCUAGCAGUCUGAUUCGGUAUUGAGGCAGCUUCCUAUGUUGCUCAGACAGGGGAGAGCAGGGAGUGCAAAGUCCUCACAGAAGCUUGGGCCAGCCAUGAACAGCCCACCGGGUUUCCAAGUGCUGCUGCUAAACACAGAGGCCAGAUGAUGUGUAAAGAAGAGGUUGGCAGACUGCAGGGCAAGGAGCCAGCCCUGAGGUGGCCAAAGGCAGCAGGACGUCAGAGAGAGAAACUCAGGGAAAGGGAGGCCUAAGGGGGAAAGACAAGAAUAAGGAGGGAAGGAAGGAAGCUGAAACAAAAACAGGGCAGGCAAUAUAGUUCCAAGAAAACUGGAAAGCUGAGGAAACAUUGGUGCUGGCAUGGAGUCUAUUUGAGCUGGUUAAGUUCAUUCUUGUGAGAAAUGCUGUCCAUCCCCCACAAAAAGAAAAUUGUAGGUUUUCCACCUACCCUCCCAAUUUCCCGGGGGCAGGGCACCUGAGAGUGAUUGCUGUGAUUGGUUCUUUAAGAUCUACCUAAGACAGGUGUCUGGUGUUUGGCUUGGCCUAGAAGUUAGGGUAAGGAUCCGUCACAUGUAGGCUUUUUAACAUCAGUGCACGUGGAUGUGUCAUGGGACUCUCUCCAUGCCUCUGAGCCGUUUGGCACAUGGAAUCCCCAGGUUGCUAGCUUGGCUGUCUUGGCCUUGCAGCCAGCCUGUGUCCACAGAGCCCAGAGUAUGCGCUGAAACACACAGUGUGCACUGAAACACACCAUGUGCUCUUUGCAAGGUGGGUACGUGUAAGGGGGGGUGUGAUGUCGGUAGAAGGUCAGCUGUGGUCAGCCCGUAGUCUUUCUGGACCGCUCUGCCGCUCAGGAACCCUGAUAAGCUUCAGAGGAAUUUCAAGAGUUCUCCAGACCACGGGCUGACAGUGCGAGCUUUAAAUCAUUUGUUAAAUAGGGUAACUGAGGAGAGUUGUGCAAGAGGCACUGGAUGUCCUCAAGAUUUUAGAAGCAAACAAGAUUCGGUUUUCUCAGAAUUAUUAGCCCAGUUGUACUUUUGACCUCUGAUUACCUGAGUCUUGGCAGCAUUGCAGGUUUAGGCCUAAGUGCUAAAAAUGCAGGUCCGGCCGUGAAGGGAUGAGAUGAGGCCUACUCACUUGUUGCACCCAUCCAGCCCUUUGAGAUGGCAAAAUGGCUUGUGCUGUUCCUGCGUGAAGACCGCCAACCCUCUGAUCUCUCUCUCUCUCUGUCCUUAUGUUUUAGGACUACUGUCCUGGCUGCAGUGGCCUUCCUGGAUGCCUUCCAGAAAGUGGCAGACAUGGCCACCAACACACGAGGUAUGUUGUGGGAGCUUUAUGGACUAAAAACUAGCUGACUGCAAAACCAGCCAUGUCGCACAGCCAGUGGCAGAGAGCAGAACAAUGCCUAUGAUAAAAAACCUCACCACCAAACUGGCAGGCCCAUGGCCCCUUUCUGUUUACUCAGGAUCCCUUACAGUGCUGCAGUUACCCCACAACACACUUUUAAUCCCUCUUUAUAUUCACACUCAAUCUAGCCCUGUGCUUGGUUUCCACCUGCAACAGCCAAACAGGUGCCUCUGGGAAACAUUCAAGAGGGACACGUUCAAACAUCAGAGAUGGAGCAAGAAUUGUUGUGUGUGUUUCUUUCUGUUUCUGUGACAUUCCCAUGGGUGACCCUACUGCGGUACUAAGUUUAGUGGCUAUCGCCACAUCUUGUGGCAGUGAGUUGCAAAGGCUUUUAAUUUUUUAGCAGUAAAUAUGUUUUCCUGAGGAAAAAUAUAUUAGAGGAUUUGUUAUGUCGCCUUCUCACUUCUGAGGAAGCAUUUGAGGCAGGUCACAUUGGUAAUAAACAAUAGUAAUAAAACAGCCAAACAAGAGGUGGGGUGGAAGCAGCGGAUAAAAUAUGUGUUGCAUUCUGAACCAAGUUCCAGUCAGCAUCUGGGAAACCCUGAGCUUGUGGUGCUUAGAGGGAGAGAUUAAUUUCAUGGUGGGGUCUUACGUGGUCAUUGGCAAUCCCCCUGCUGAUCUCUGCUAAUCCAGACAUGCUUGUGGGAUCACCAUGAGGGGAAGAGCAAUCAUCCUGCUUUUCUAGCAAUGCUCAUUCGAAGGCCCUGUGAUAAAUAGGGCCCUCUUUUAAGUGGCACUUCCUUCAUUUCUGGGUGGGUGUUACAGUUGCGGGGGAAAUGGGCUUCUGGAGGCAGCGAGGCAGGAGCCCUUAAAAGUUACCUAUAAAUGAGUUUCACUGACAUUGGGCAGGGGCCAUCAGUGCACCUUUUGGUUCCCUGCUAAGAAUGUUUUUGUUCAGGCAAGUGGCAGUCUUUCCAGACAUGUAGAAGCUGUCAUGUGUUUUAAUCUGGUUUAGUUUAUUGUUGAUAUUUAUUAUUUUUGAAUGUUUUAAAUAUUUGCUUUUACCUGUUGUUGUUGUUGUUGUUAUUACUGAUCAUUCUAUUAUGUUUCUAAACUGCUUUGAAGGGACGUGGGUGGCGCUGUGGGUUAAACCACAGAGCCUAGGACUUGCCAGUCAGAAGGUCGGCGGUUCGAAUCCCCGCAACAGGGUGAGCUCCCGUUGCUCAGUCCUUGCUCCUGCCAACCUAGCAGAUCAAAAGCACGUCAAAAGUGCAAGUAGAUAAAUAGGUACCACUCCGGCGGGAAGGUAAACGGCGUUUCGGUGCGCUGCUCUGCUUCGCCAGCAGCUGCUUAGUCAUGCUGGCCACUUGACCCGGAAGCUGUACACCGGCUCCCUUGGCCAAUAAAGCGAGAUGAGCGCCGCAACCCCAGAGUCGGCCACGACUGGACAUAAUGGUCGGGGUCCCUUUACCUUUACCUUUACCUUUAAACUGCUUUGAGAUUUUAUCAAGCAGUAUAGAAAUGUUGUGAAAGAAAGAAGAGUUUCAGAGUGUGCCUCUUUUCCCUCCAUGUAGGGGUGUAGCAGGGCGAAGUGACCUAUUCUGGGCACCUUGUGGCAUGUAGAUGGCAGAGGUCUGCACCUGAGGACCAGUCUUCCUUGUGGCCCCUCAGAUUGUGCUUGGAUAUGGGCACCACCCAAGCACAAAUCAGCCAGGAAGCUCACGAGAUGGUCUUGAUCAAGCCUUAACCUUGAGCUGACCUACAUAACCCAUUUUCACUGCCCUGAACUUCUUCAAAAAAGAGCAGAGGGAAAACACAGCUUUUAAAAAAAGUAAUCUCCUCUGAGCCUUAAAAAGACCAGGUGUAACCACGCCUCCUUGUGUACACGUGUAAAGAGCCCGCCUACCGCUUCUCAGAACUGGCAUUGGGAUCAUAUAUAUAUUCAUUCUCGCCCUUCACCCCUAAGGCCCAGGGUAGGUUACAAUUAAAACAAGGGCCAUGGUAUGCCACAGUAAAAACUGGGUUAUCUAAAGAAGGAGAAUCAGCAGUAAGCCAGAGUUGGAAGGAAUUGACUGUGCAGGUUAGUUUGUUGUUUGACAACAAUUGACAGAAUAAUGUAUGUGGGCAGCAUUUGUGUUGAGCCAUCAGUUACUCUGAUAAAUCUCUGAAAGCAAGCAGAGAAUUGGGUAGGAUGCAGCAGGCGAUAAAGGAAAGCUGACGAGGCUGGUACAAAAUAAGGAGAUGGAGGGAGGGCUGAUGUAUUCUGGAGAGAUAUAGGGAGCACCGAAUGGAGCUUGGAAGGGAAGCAAAAUGUAAAUAACACCUCUCACCUGAAGCAGAAUGAAAGAACUGAUUUGGAAUGUGAGUUAAUCCCAGAAUAAGGUCUGAAGACACAAGAACUCACCACUUUGCUAUAGCUAAGCAACCCUGGGCCUGGUCUGACUCCUGGAUGGGAAACCACCUGGGAACCACAGGAAUGCUCCCGUGGAUUCUAAGGUCACAGAAAGGUGGGAUAGAAACCUAAGAAAUAAAAUGUAAAACAAAAAAAACCUACAAAGCGUUGAAAGAACGAGAUGGAUCAUUGGCCUGACCCAGCAGGCUCUUUAUACAUUCUUAUGAACCUAGUUAUUUCCUUUUUUCAGGAAAAGUUUGGUGUGGGAAGGGUUCUUCCUUUGAACGUGACUCUUUGUAUGAGGGCAGAAGGGCUAUGGAGCGGUUUCCUUACAUUCUAUUAUGGCUGGUUCACUCCGGCUUUUAGACAAGAAGCCACAGCUUGUUAUCUGUAAACAUCUAGGGAAGGGCUGUGACGAGGAAACAAGGGUAGACCUCCAUAUUUACUUGCACAGGCUUUCUGCACCUACUAUUCAAACCCAUGUAGAGAUUUGUGUUUGCUGCUGAGAUGAUGUUUUGGGAAGAUGUGGCAAUGCCAGCAACCUGUGCCAGGCCAGGAGGGUGUAUGCCUAGCAAACACAUGCUCAUCGGCUUGGUUAUAAAUCAUGGGAGGGAGUUUCCCUUUUAACGCAAAACGGACCACAUGGCAUGUGGGAAAUGUCCUAAAGGAGUAGGGAAAGGGAGCGAGGGUUCAAACCCACCUACCCUUGUGUGCUUACUUUUAGUUUUAGAAGUAACCCCCCUCUUCCAAACCAGUGAGCAACACAUGUUUAAUGAACAGGUCCAUGCCUGGCUUAGCCCAGUCUGCCACCUCCCCCAAGUCCACAGAAUUCCCUGUUCUUUAGGUCUAGGGAAUUAAGGGAAGCCUUAGUGGACAGAUGUGCAGGGUGAUUACUAAAGGAGGGAGCCACAGGUAAUAGAAAAUUCAGCCACGGCUGCGAUUUGGAAAGGAGGUCAGGGGAGGGGAAAGGGAGUCCUUUAGGAGGAGGGGCUUCUGGGCUGCCUGGUAGGGUAGCUUGGAGUUUGUGGCCCUUUGGAGAAUUCCACAAGAGGGGAAGCUGAGCCAUAGAUCAUGCAAAUGGAAAAUGAGGUGGUAAAACUUUUCAUCUGUGCCAUUUCAGAUCACAAGUGGGAAACAUGCUUCUCAAUAGUAGUAGUAGUAAUUAUAAUUAUCUGGGCAGCUUCCAACAAAUUAAAUAUUAGCAUGUUAUUAGCAUAUGAGCUAAUAAUGGCGUGCUCUGGUCCAUGGGGUCAUGAAGAGUAGGACACGACUAAACGAUUAAACAACAACAACAAGCAUAUGAGCAUAGAAAACUAUUCCUUACCCCACCCCCACCCCCAGCUUUCUAUAUGUGAGUCUCAGGCUGUGAAUGAGAGUUGCUUUGCUCUGUAAUUCUUUUUGACAUCCUUGUUGCCUGCCUAGCCUGUGGGCUGCACUGCUGACUCAGACCAUAGUGAAUGUCCCAUCUGAUGCAUCUGGAUCUAUCUUAGGAACAUGGCCUCUAUGCUUGAACCACAUGCAUAGGACAUCACCCAGUUCCAUACUCUCAAUUUUUCCUGCAGACUAGAACUUGCCAAUUCACCCAUAGCUGUUUACUGAAAGAAUGGCUGAAUCCAAUUUUUCACCAUCCAGGUAUUUUGUGUGGGUGGGCAGUUUCUGCCUCUGGAGGUUAGAUGUCUUGGUUAUGGCAUGAAACUAAAAGGAACUGAAUUAUAUAGAGUGGGACAUGAUAGGUAAUCACCCAGAGCCUGUUGGCAGCUAGAUAUCAUCCUUCUCUUUGGGUCUCCUUCUGUCCAGCUGUUCAGCAGAGAGCAGCUGAGAGGGAAGACUUUGAUGAUGUGCAAAGUGUGCAAUUGUGGUUCUUUCCUCUGUAGGAAGAUCAAAGCGGAGGCAGGGAUGUCUCAGGUGGUAGACUUAUGUUCUGUACAAAUAUGCAAAAAGUCAUUCAUGCAUUUCUUUAAUUGCGUGCAUGCAGUUUUGAGGUUGCCAUUGAAAUUUGAAGUUUGAGACUUUGAAUAGUUGUAAGGCAGACUUGCAGCUCAGCUGUUAUUUGCAUUCUUCUGCUGCUAUGAUUGAGUUUAUUUUGCCUUUUGCGCAUUCAGGACAGAAAGGGACAUUGAGAGCUUUUUUUACAAAGUAAAGAAAAAAUAGAAGGUGAAACAAUUUUAAAUACACCCCUUUGCUUGUAGCGUUUGCUCUUUAACUCACAAUGCCUUGCCCCGCUCACUGUGUUAGUGUGAAAACACUUUCAUGUGUGAAAACGCUUUCAUGGCGACAGCUUUUUUGAUUCUAAAGGCAAAAGAAAUGUCCAGAAUAUUUGCUUGUGGGUCCUUGGUUCACCAUAAUUUGAUGGUUGGGGAAGUCAUGGUUGUCUCUGUUGGAUGUCCAGCUCCCUUUACAGGUUCCCUGUGUGUUUGAACGCCUGGUGCAUGUGCUUGUACCACUUGGCUGUCCUUAAUCAAGGCUGGCUUCAUUGUCCCGAGUUUCCUGGAGUAAACAAGCAGCUAGUCCAUGGGAAGGAAGCCAUUGUGCCCACAAGCCUGUAUCAUCUUGGUAUUCUAAAGCUGUCUAAUGCUUCGACGUGGCAGGAAAUUUACAUGCAGAGUUAAAAUGGUCAACAAUGCAAUAAAGCAGUCUGUGGCUCCAGAGUGACUUUUACUAGCACUGUGGGCUUGUCUGGAAAAAUAAUAAUUUUGCCACAUUUCCUCAUACCUUAGUAAUAUCUAGGGCAAUGUUAUAUGUGGGGCUGCCAAUAAAAAGUGUUGAGAAACUUCAGUGCAGUAGUUUCAAAGUGUGGUAGACAUGCAUAUGGACUAAGAUCUGCUGUGCUGAUAAUAUUUGACCAGUGGUUGAAAGACGUUCACUGGCUUCUCCAGUUCUCUACCAGGCUCAGCUCAUGUUGUUUGUUUGUUUUCUACCUAUAAUGCCCCAAGUGACUUGGAAUCAUGGCUUUUGAAGGGCUGUCUAACCUUGCUUUUCCCAAGUGGGUGCUCUCUAACACAUUUGGAGAUAGGGCUGGACAACUCCCAUAUGAACUUGUAUGCUAAACUCUCGGUAACACACACACACACACACACACACACACUCCACUCCCAUUGCAGGGUAGCGAUAGGACCUUUGCUGCAGUGGGGGAUCAUGCACUGCCCAGUUUUUUCUCCUUCAGGGCCAAGUGAAAGCUACCCUAUUACCCUAGUGGGACACCAUUAAGGACAGGUUUUUGGCUUUAACUGGUUAUUAGUGCUGGUUAUGUUUUGCUUUUAGUUGUGUUUGUGGACUCAUUUGCUUAUGACUGUGUUUUAUGGCUUUUAUUAUGUCAACCACUCGGGGGUGCACAAAUGAAGGAAAUGAAGCUAUUUGCUUGUUGCAUUUUAGCCUGUUUUAGUUCAUAUUUUGUCCUCGGUGCUAUUCUAACAGAUGUGUAUAAGCUCCCUUGGAAAGGCAAGGUAUAAAUAAUUGCAAACAUAAGGUGUCCUGGAGCUGGAAGUGAUCACAAUAUUAUUCAGCUCACAAUUCAAAGGAAGGCGAAAACACUGAAGUGCAAAACAAUCACAGGCAGGAGAGGCACCUUCCCACCAAGGGAUGUGGGAGCAGGCAGUUCUUCAGGUACCAGCUUCUAAGCAGAGCAAGGCUUUACAUGUCAGCACCAGUGCACUAAAUGGUCUCAGAAACACACCACAGCUAUUGAAGCUCCAAGCUUCCAGCCCCAGUAAGUAGUCGAAUUUGAGCUCAGUAACUGAAGGAGAGAAAAAAAUCAACUUGGCCCGGCCCUCCCAUCUUGACACUGACGACUUUUGAAUGCAUUGACUCCCCACCCCCACCCCAAUUUAAAUUUUCUUGUCUGUCUUUCCUCUUUAAUGUUUUGCUGUUGUCCAAGAAGGUUGAUGGGUGGGUGAGUAGGAGGUGCUGCAUCAUAUUAACUUUUGUGUUUAAGGCAACAAAAUUCCCCAGGCGGUCCUCUGGAAAGAGGCAGAAGGACCUCUGGGACUGCAUGGUUUUAUCCCCUGAGUUGUUAGUGGGGUGGCAGAAGAGGACAAGGGAAACUGGGGGGUUGCUCUGAUUGCACAUGUGUGGACAUUGCUCGGGGGGGUGUUGCUAGUGAAGUUGCCAAGUGCAAUUCAGAAUGUGAACCACAAGAUCUCAACGUAUCCAGAAAAUGCUGGGAGAUUUUUUUCUGAAAGAGAUACUAAGGAUGUAUUUUGUGUCAAGUGAUUACAGCCAUAGGGUUGGGGGCUGGGGGUAAAAUAAAAUGUCUUGGCCAAGAGGGAGCAACUCUUAAGAGGAAGCAGCACUCCUGGUCAGAACCGGGAAAGGGGGAACAGGAGGAAAUGAUUUCUCCCUGUCAAUGGCUGUGAUCUGCAGCAGAAGCCCCGUUCAGCAAACUAAGGAAACAAGCAAAGGAAGUGAGUCAUCCUCCUCUGUCUAUUGCUGCAGCUGCACAGCGGUGGCUCUGGAGCCAUGAUGACCCCCCUACCCCCAGUAAGAAGGGGUGUGUGAAGUGCACCACUGUUAUGGAGGUAGUGCUGGUGUCUUUCCAUCCUCCAUGGUUGGGAGCAAAUUCCAAAAAGCAACAGAGGGUCAAUCACAACAAUGUCACCUUCUGAUUCCCCAACAGUAAAGAGUGUUGCUCUGGAAGGUCAGGCUCAACAGACUGCAGGACCAGAACCAUAAGCACAAGCAGACUUGCGGAGAAUUAGCUGGCCUCAUCUGAGGUCAAGAAGGAAAUGGUCUUGGGCUCUUGGAAUGUAUGAGAGAGAUGACUAAAGCGCAGUGAUCAUGCUUAGCAUUGAGCAAGGCCACUUGGCAAAUCAUUGCCUAGUAAUCCAAGACUCGUAAAAGGAACUGGGUCACUGGUAGGACACCUGGCCCUCACAGGCACCCUACCUUUAAGAGCACCUUUUUGAUCAAAAGUUUAAAAUUGAUUAAUCUCUGUUUGAUUAAAAACUUUGCAGCUUGUCCCAUUCCCUCCCCCCCCCCCAAGUGGUAGCUGACAGGUCAGGCCAACUCAUGGACUGAAUGAGCAUCAGGUGCCUCACCCAGAGCUGGAUGAAAGAUGUCUUUCCAAACAGUGUGGUGGCUGGCCUGCUUUAAAGGGCUGUUUUAAGGAGUAGGGUUAGAGAAUGCAUGUCCAGUGCUCUGGGGCAGCCUCCAAAGAUCCCUUCCUGAAGGCUGUGUCUUGGAGACUCCCUACAACUUUUGCCACUUCCUGGCCGGCUCAGGCUGGCCAGCAGAAGGUGAACUGUUUUGCAAUGCCUUAUAUUCUGCUUUGAAGAGGGGCAAAUUUCUCUCUUCAGCUCGCACAGUGCUGCAUACUGGUGUGCGUGCAGAUCCCUCAUUAACCUGGAUUCAUCAUGCCGGCUGAGUUGAUCAUGGUCUGUUGCAUCCACUCUUAACUUCCUCCCUCCCAGUACCUUUGAGGGGUGGAUCUGCCAUUCCCAGGUGACACUGGGUUCCUCUGACGUGUGAUUUCUGUGCAUUCGUCUUUCCUGGCACGAUUGCGUGCCUUUGCCUCAUUAAUCUUUCACAGUCAUUCUGCUUCAGUGUUGUGGGAGUACACAGUGUGUUCUUCCUAGGAAGUGCUUAAAAGGCAGGAUUGAGAGGAAGACACAUCCUUCGGGGGGCACUUUUUAUGUAUAUCUCAAGGAAAACAGAAGGUAGUCUAGAUCCUGGAGCCACCUUUGCCAAGCUGGUGCCAUUCAUGUUUUGGGAAGUUCCCAACAGCCCCAGUCAGCACAGGUAUUGUAGUCCAAAGCAUAUGGGGAGCAACAGAUUGGAGAAGGCUCCUCUAGAGCAGCAUUUCCCAACCUUGGGCCUCCAGCUGUUUUUGGACUACAACUCCCAGAAUCCUCAGCUAGCAAGACCAGUGGUCAGGGAUGAUGGGAAUUGUAGUUCGAAAACAGCUGGAGGCCCAAGGUUGGGAAACACUGCUCUAGAGCAGCAAUUCUUCUUCCUCUUUGGUGAUCACUCAUAGCCAAGUAAGAUUGUCUUCCAGGACCACGGUCUUAACAGUGAGUCCGUAAGUGACUGUGGAGGCCAAUUCUGGAUCCACACGUCCUUCCACAGUGGGGACAUAGGUUUCUGGGUGGGAGUUGAUCAUGGUGAGGAUUUGUCAAAGCUGCCUCCCUCUUAGCCCGUUUCUCCCUUUCGUCCUGAGUUCGUGCUUCUUUAAGGUCAGUGACACCUUUAGUAGAGGCUGUUCUCCAACUGGAGCACUCACAGCAAUUACGGCACAUGUGACCAGGAGCAAGUUGAAAUGGAAAUGAGCAGAAAGAGACUGAAAUCACCUCUGGCUGUUAGUUUCUGGUGCUAUCAAGGGCAUUUAGCUGCGGCCCACAGGGUGCCAUCUCAUCUUGUGUAAAGGCCCCUAAAAAUGCAUGUUCAUGGUCAUUUCAAUGAGGCUUGUACUAGAUAACUUCUCAGUUGAUUGGGCUUCCAUGUGAAUUACUGUAUGUGGGCAUUUUUCUCUCCAUCAAGCAGCAGAAUGCCCCAUAAUCCAUGCUUUGUGAGGGAUGCAGUUUGAUGGGCGGUUCCUAUGAAAGACUGUUCCAUCCAUUCAUAUCCUCAUGUUCAAGGCACAGAGAGAGAGGGGGGUGGGUCAGUGUCAGUGUGGUUAUUGCUACCCCCAAUGGACAAAAUCUGAAUUGCUCUGUUCUCCAUCAGGCAGAGCCCUCAAUCUAGACUUGGAGCCAAUUGUUAGCUUUUGAUAGUGAUAGCCUUUAACUCAAAGGAUAUUCUAGAGCUGGGAGGAAAAGGCAGAAAGGAGCAACCAAAAUUAUCAAAGGGGCUGGACUAAUCAACCCCACUUUGCAGAAAGGUUACAACACUACAAUGCAGCUCAGACCUCAUCAUGGUGUAUUUAUGGGUGAAGUUAGGGUGUGUGCCCCAAAUGCAUUCCCCUCCACACACCAUCUUACAUCAAAAUGCAUUUGUUUCCUAAUCUCCCAGUUUGGAAGGAUCCUUCUGAUGCUCUUUAAGUUGCAAACACAGCUUCUAGCUCCACUGUGUAAGAGGAAAAAAUCCUCUCUUUUUAAUGGAAACUCUUGUGAACAUUUUUCUAAUUUGUGUAAGAUAGGCUAUUGCCAAGUGAGUCACUCUAGCAUGAAUGGAAUCCUGGAACAACCUUUGGCAAGGGGAAGAAGUGUUUGUGAGAUGAAUUGGGUGCGGGGAGUGUUACAAGCCCAUUGGAGGGUCCAUUUUCACCUGUGAAAUCCUGGAGGGGAAGAUGUUGCCCCAAAGUAAUGUUUCAUAAGAGCUUCUAUUAUUCUGACUUCUGAGGAGACUGGAUAGAAAGCCAGACCUGGGACAGUGUUCAGGAGAUCCCUGCUCUGCCGCCACCUUCUCUGAGGGAAAAUGGAUGUCCAGAGAGGAGGAACUGAGUCUCAAGUAGAGGCUGAAGAAACUUGCAGGGCUCUUGUGAGAGUAACAUAUGAUGCCUUUCUGUAUGCCCCCUCAGGAGGAAAGUCAGGAGAGAACCCUGACAGCUCUGCUUUGCUAUUUCUGAAACAAGGUGCUCCUUCCUCAGACUCUCAGGCAACUCGGUUUCCCAGCCCAUGUGAUCUCACUCCCUCACCCAGCCCCAAUGUCAGGCUUUCCUUCAGCCUGUGGUGACAUCUCAAUUCCUUGCCCUCUCCAUUUUCUUUCUCUCUGACUGAACAAGAGAGAAGGAAAGAAAAGAAAUUUUGUAUUGAAUUUUUCUGCAGUACCUCUUGACUGUUGUCCAUUAACAUGAGGGCUGGUUUUUCACCUCAGGAGCCACGAGGGACAUCGGCUCCGCACUAACCCGGAUGUGUAUGCGGCACCGCAGUAUUGAGACCAAGCUGAGGCAGUUUACCAAGUAAGUGCCUUUCGUUAGACUCGCGUGCUUGUCAUGUGUGUGGGCCAGCCCCAGGCUCCUUUUCCGAAGACAAAGAAGAGGGAGAGGCUCAGUGGCCUUGAAAACGGGAUUGGAGAGGUGCUGAAAUAGGCAAGACAUGCAGAAGGAGGCUCAGGGUUUUAGAAACUCGAGCCACUUCCAUACUCUAGUCCAGAGAACGAGUUAUUGAGCCAUUUGAAUCACCUUGGCACAUUUAUGGGGAUUUCGUUGCAAACCCUUCUCCACGUCCCUUGGCCCUGCUAACCUGCCUCUCUCUGGGUGCCUUUCCCCCCCCCUCCCACAGCGCCCUGAUGGAGAGCCUGAUUAACCCCCUGCAAGAUCGGAUAGAGGACUGGAAGAAGACGGCUAACCAGCUUGACAAAGAUCACGCGAAAGGUAAAAGGGCAGGAGGCACCUUGGCUGCCUCAUAGCCUGUGAGGCAGUGUCUGAUGCUCAGAGGAAAGCUGUGGCAAGGAUGUGACUGUGGGGCUUAGGGUGGGAGGAGAUGAAAGCCAGGAAUUGAGUCUCAUAGAGAGCAGUGGCCUCCCUUGUCUGCCCACGCCAUGUGGGGGACCUCGGGGUCCACCUGCCAAGCUGUUUGCCUUCUGGUCACUUGGAAUCGUGUCUCCCGAUUCCUGUCUCCUUAGAAUACAAACGAGCCCGCCAUGAGAUAAAGAAGAAGUCCUCUGACACACUCAAGCUUCAGAAGAAAGCCCGCAAAGGUAAGAUCUGCCAGGGUGUUUCUGGCCAAAGGGCAGCUCAGUUUGGCUAGUGAUGUUGGCCUCCAACCCCUGAUUGAAGAGGGGGACUGGAUUUGCUGGGCUGCCCUUGGAUAAACUAAAUUGCUUCUGCCUUAGCAGUGAACGUUUCCCUGCACAGGUAAUGGCAUGGAUGGAGCAAGGACCUUGGUUUAAUUCUUCAGUUAAAUGCAUUGCUGUGUAAGAUCCUGGUUAAACUAGGGUAGAGGCCUCCUUGCGGCAUAAUGUCCUGGGGCCCAGAGGCUCUCCAAAUCCCUUAGUGGGUUGUAUGCUUUGCAGGUGAGAUGGAGCUUUGUGUUAGGCAGUGACAGAAAAGAGAAUUAAGUCUUGAAUUCAGCUUCCUGAAUUUAUGGGGGGGGGCGUGUUAAAGCAAGUUUCUGGCCCCUGUGGCUUGACAGUGUGGGUGGGCAAUGCUGGCUGAGGCCUCAGAAACCAGAGGAGAUGGCCGAGUGAGAGGUCUGCUGAUUAGGCUCACAGCAUUCACCUUUGCUCAGUUCAGGAAUCUUGGAUUUAUUUGUUUUAAGUGCAGAAGAACACACAUGCCUCUCAGCUAUUGAUCCUCUUCAAAGCUGCGAGGCAUUUUAACCCCCGAGGAGAAAGAAGGCCCAGCUGUCUGCAGAGUUGUGGUAGCAGAUUCCAAAGGGAGAAGGGAGCUUGCCUGCCUCUGGUUCGCUUGUGUGUCUGAAUGGGUCUGGGUGAGAGUGGCAGUUUCUGCAGGGGGCGUUGUACAGCCGCUGCUUUAAGUUUCCGCACUUUUGGUUUGCCUUCCCAUCUUGUGAACACGCGAUUGCCAGGGGAGGGUUGCUUUCAGAGCCUUGCUAAGUUCUUAUUGCCCUAAAAUCAGGCCAGUGUGUUGAUCCAGGUUGUUGCUCCUUGAAGUUACCAUGUGUGUAUGCUGGUGCUGACUGCAAACCCGGGGGGGGGGCCCUCAGGGAUAAUUGCCUAUCAAAGUGCCACUCCCUCCCCUUUAUGCACACUAUCAUGGGAAGAGAACUGUGUUGGUGUUCUCAGUGUGGCGUCUCAUACCAUUCUCAGUCCUUCUAGGUAUUGAGAGGGGUCUUCCUGGCUCCUGCAGCGGACCCGCUGAGGCCCAAUCCAGAUGUUGCGUGUGCACGUGGUCACCAAUAACUCCUUGGGAAAUACAAGGUGCAGGGUUCAAAUGUCUCUGUGCCUUCCUUCUGUUUGGCUGCUCCAUGCAAGGUGGAUUGGGGACCUGUGGCAUUUGGCUUGGGUCUGGGGCAUUUGCAUUCUGCCUUGGGGGAUCCCCACCCCACCCCUGGACCUGCCACUGCCCCCCACCUGGGGGAGGUUACCAGAGUCCUGUGGCUCCCACUUUUGCUCCUUGUGCCAGUGGAGAAGACCUGACCAGACGCAGCUGUCCCCUGCUGUCAUUUUAUGGCGGGAGGGCAGUUGUGUACCUGGUGAUGUGGCUGAGUUGGGUGGUGGUUCUGUGGGGUCCUGUUCCGGGUGAGAAGAUGGCUCUAUACAUCAGCCUGUCUUUCACACAUUCUUCUUUCUCUCUUCCUCCCUCUCUCUUUUCUCUUCCCUCCUUUCCACAUCCUUCCUGUAGAGCUACUUGGUAAGUCAAACGUUGCCAUCUCAGCUUCAUCCAGGCAUCCCUCACCCUUCCUCCAUGCUCUUGGCUUCACUACCUGUAAUCCUCUCCUCCCUCCCUCCCUCCACUCUGUUUCGGUUGGGCUUGAAAUGAAAUGAAACCUCCGGAGGCCAUGCUGACGCAAGUGGUGCAUUGAGGGUUGGGAGCAGCUUAAGCUGAUGGGGCCGCCUGAGGCUCAGCCCAGCUUUGCUGGAGGCAGAGAGGAGGUGGUCCUUGCUCUGUGAUGAACACAGGAACCUGAGGUGUAAGGUGCUGACAGACCACAUGGCAAGAACGGAAAUGCUAAGUUCAAAGUUGCUUCAUUAUUCUCAGUGAACCUUGCAACGACCCUGUAAGGCAGGCCAGCAUCACUGCCCCCCAUGUUACAGAUGGCCAGGCUGAGGCUGAAGAAGAGCAGCUUACCUCAGGCCAAAUUGGAGACUUGGGAGAUUGUUCCAAAGCCAUCUUAUUUUGGCCUGCUGGCAAGCAAGACCCCAUGGGAAAUGGGUGUGCGCCUCCCCUACUACGCCAACCCCCAGACUAGCCCAUCCACAAACUAGCUAAGCACCUGAGAUGCCAAAAUCCCUGGGGCUCUUGCCUUGCCUCUGUUUAGAGUAAUCUCUACCCCCACUCCCCAUUUUGCUGGUGGAGUACAACUCCUACCCCCAACCCUUGGCCUUGCUGGCUGAGGCUUAUGAGGCCUUUUAGGUCAAAAUAUGUGGUGUGUGCCGGGUUUAUUUAUCUAUAGUUUCACCAUUUCAGCCUUGGGCCUUCCUUGGCCUUGGAAAGUCCCAAACUUUCAGCCUAAGCUCCCUUACAAGGUUGUUGUGAAGCUGUUUUCUAAAGACAGUGUUCUGUGUGUCUUAAAAGAAGCCUAGCAUACAUGAAAACCCUUAGUUUGAUUUGGAAGAGUUGCAUUCAGGCCCCACCUUCCUGGGGCUGCAAAAAACUGGGUUAUUUUACAGAAUGUAUUGCAGGCAUAGGCAAACUCAGACCUCCAGAUGUUUUGGGACUACAGCUCCCAUCAUCCCUAGCUAACAGGACCAGUAGUCAGGGAUGAUGGGAAUUGCAGUCUUAAAACAUCUGGAGGGCUGAGUUUGCCUCUGCCUGAUGUAUUGGGUUCAGUUGGGUAGCAGAAAGCAAUGUGAAGGAGGAAGAAGGGGUCCUACCCUCUCCACCUGCCUGAGACCCUGCAGAGCCACUCCUCUGGGCAGGGGUCUGCCUCAGUGCAAGGCUGCUUCAUAUGCCCUAUUGCCACUUUGAAAAGGGGGAAAACAAAGGGCACAUACAAAGCACAUACACUUUGAUUUCAUCAGUUGAACACAAAAUGGGAAAACAGCUUGAAUUCUCACAGAUCCAGACUGGCUCAGUCUCUCACUCUGGGGCCAUCUUCUCCAACCUGGUGUUUUGGACCACAACUCCCAUCAGCCUCAGCCUUCUCUGGAGGAAAUCCUCCUUGGUAAUGCUUAUGGCAGGCAUGUCCAAAGUCCAUUUCGGGGGCCUGUGGCCCGCCGGUCGGUUUAAUCCAUCCCCUGUGGCAGUUUAUUUCCUGGGGUAAAAGCCUAAAAAAACCCUCAACAACUUCAAUCCUAAAAAGGUCAACAACAUUGGUUGGCCCUUUGGUCAGUCCCCAUGGCCCUUCACUUCAUCAAAUCUGGCCCUCUUUUUAAAAAGUUUGGACACCACUGGCUUAUGGGAUUUGUAACCCAAAACAACUGGAGAGCACCAGCUUCAGGGAAGGCUGUUCUGGAAGGUGGCUAGGUCUCCUUCAGAGGGAGACCACAUUUUCCACCUGCAGCAGAGUGCCACCAUUUUGUCUGGGCACUUAAGGGCCCCAGGUGCUUUCAGUUAGGGACCAAAGGCCUGGUUAAAAUGAUUGGUGCAGGUUGGAGUAACCAUCCCUUCCCCCUUAGGCCAAAGCAAAGAGGAGGCCUUCUUGUCUUUUGCUGUGAGACACUCACAAGAGCGUCCCUAUGAUCCCUCUUAGUAUCCUCACCCUCGUGAACCACAAAGGCAUAAGCAACAAGACAUAGUCAGUGGGCGCUUUUUAAGUUGGCUUUCAUUUCAGGCCUUAUCAGCAUCACCACAGGGCCUCAUUAUUCCCAUCUGGACACUCCUCUUUCUCUGGCUCUGCUGCACCGCUCCAGAAUGGCUCUGGGGCAAAUGCUGAGAUCCACCCACCUUGGGCCCAGAUCCGCCCCAGAGAGUGACAGCCUUGAGAUUAGGGAUGGGGAAAGAGCCACUUUAAAAAGUGGAAUUGGACAGAGAAUGCACCCUUCAGCAACAGCUCAUCAGAAGGGUGGGUUGGUGCCUUGGCUUCCAUUUUCAAAAGGCCAGUUCUGGCUUUCCCCAAGCAUUAUUAAAUUCAGCAAGCGUUAUAUAGGUCUUGCAGGUUCCCCUCAACUUUAUAGCUCCUUUUCCCUGGGUCUUUUGGCUGCCAAGCCCAAACAUCAGGAUCUCAGCCUUAGCCCUCCAAUAUCCUGGGGCCCACUGCCUAAACAGCUUGGCUGUUUCUUGACUUUUUCUCAGUAAUCAGCCAUUCUUCCAGUCUUCCCUGUUCCUCCCCACACUGGUUUUCCACCCGCCUGGCUGCUCAGUCAUCUUGCUUUACCUUCUUUGCAUGUGGGCUGGUGGUGGUGGUGGUGGUGGUGGGAGGCAACAUAUCUGAGUGACAGCAGGGCUGCGGUUGCACAAGGGUGGUCUUCAUUGCUGUCCAUCAAGCCAAGCAUUUCAUGGUUGGUUCUGCACACAUUGUGAAUUGCUUUCUGGCACCUCUGUUUUGCAUAGCCUGUGAUCAAUGGGUGGUUGUGAGCAUGGACAGCUCCAGGGGAGCCUUGAUCCUAAGGGCUCUCUUGGUGUCUGUGCUUCCAACGAGCUUUUGAAGUCCAUGUGUCUGUGUCUCCCUUUGUGUGUCCUUGAGUAUUUGUAUGAGUAGCAAUACCCACCCACCCCACCCCAGAUUCUCACAGCGCAGCCUUCCAAGCAACUGAGUCACACAAAUUUCAGCACCGCUGUGAAACUAAGGUCUGAACUUGGAAUGAAUUUGAACUUCUGCUUUUGAAUUACAGUGUUGGGAUUGUGAAUGGGUUUGUGUGGGAAGGAGAGAGUGAUGAAUCCAGCACAAACUGGGAUGGAGGAGGGAAAGGCAAGGUGCAUCAUGGGUGCAGGGCAGCCCUCUCUGUGACUAGGAGUGCCAAAGGACCACUGUGCUCUGUAUCUGGCUAGUGAUACACAGAACUACUGCUGGGCCAACUGCUGGGACUCCUCUUGCCAGUGGGCAAUUGAAAAAAGCCUGUGGGGUGAAUUCAAAGAAGCAGAAAAGGAUGGAUCUAGACACACCUGCCCACCUUUGGAGAGUUGAAGAGCCAGAAGCCAACAUGGGCCUCUUGCCCAAUUUUACUGCUACACCCAGAAAAUGAAAAUUCUGCAUAGCAGGAGAAGGCAUCCCACUGCUUUGACCAUGACCCCUUCAGACUUGUGUGGGCCAAUGGGGUUUUCUUCUCCCUGCAACCCUAUAUGAGAAGGACAACCUGCAUCUCAUGUAACAUCUAGUUAUUGCUAGCAGUACGAUGGCUCCUCUCCCAGUCUAGAGAGUCAGGCUAGAAAGUAGAGGCUUGGCAAAGGACUUGUGUGAAUCAUGGAGGUGGAGGGAGUGGUAACAGGAGGAGCAGGAAUGGUGGAGCGAUUGUGCUUUGCAGAGGUCACGAUGGGCCAGAAGGUAGGAAGGUGACUUCACAGAUUGAGAGUGAGGAGGCUGCUGUUACAGAUGCUGUAGAAUGGCAUAGUCAAAGCUGCAAAGGCAGAGUAGGGAGAAGAAGGCAGAGGUAAAGGAGAACUUGGACUAAGAGGUCAAAAAGAGGAAUAUUUCAUAGGAAGUGAAGAGAAGGGGAUGGAGAGCUUGCAUCCUUGGUGGGAGCCAACACAGGCGCUUAAGGAAAGGAGUGAGAUGCUCCUUGGAGUGGAGAUGGGGACAGUUGUGACAUCCUCCACCCACUUUAUUGCCUCAUACUACUUCAUGAAUUGGUAGCAGUUGGGGACUAUGGGGUGAAAUAAGGCUUGGUUCCAUGAUGACAUCUGUGAAGUCAAAUGAAGUCAGUUGAGGGAGUAGGCAGGGAAGGGCAGUACAAAGAGAAGGGAGGGGCAUUAUUGCAAGCAAUAUUGAAAUAGCAUGGUGGGCAUGUUAAGUUAUGCAGAAGAUGAUCCUGAAAAACAAUGAAGGUUUUGGCUUAGCCCUGUUUACAAAUGUAGUUACUAUUGAUAGAUUGAGUUUAAAUUACUUGUAAGCUGCUUAAUAUUUAAAAAUUCCAAAGCGGUAUACAAAAUAUAAGGCAUUCAGUGCACAACAUGCAGACCAGAAAAGACAUAAAUACAGUUUGUUGCUUUCCACAGUGACCAGUGAUAUGACAUAUCUGGCCAAUAUCACUGCUUUCGGAAUGCAGACAUGGACAGAAAUGUCACCAGGGCUGAUGUAGGCUCAGUGGCUCCUGGAGGGCCGGCCACAGAUAUUAACAGUGGCCCUCACACUUUUAUAGACCUUUGCAAUAUAUGCAAUCAUGGUGCUACUUGUCUGAAAUCAUCAAUUUUAUCACAUGUGAACAUCCAUAAAAAUUAAGCAAGCAUGAAACUGAGCUUCCCUCUAUCAUAACAAUAGGGACUGAGAGCUUCAGAGCCAACAUCAUAGUUCAUCAGAAUGACAAAUCCUGGACAACAGUGUCAAAGACCAGUGUUUACUUAUUUAAAAAGUCAUUUAACCUGCUCUUCAGGCAAAAAGGCUCCAAAAAUAGCUUGUAGAUUGAACAAAAAAUAGCCCCUCAUAGCAUUUGGCAAACCAACUUGGGUGUGUUUCUUCACAACCUUCUGAGUAUUUUAAACUUCUCUCGUACAGGUUAGAGGACUCACAAAAUGGUUGCUUUUGGUUCUUGGGAGCUAUUCAGUAAGUCUGGAUACGGUUGCAUUAUGCUAUAAACAAACUGGUUUAAACAGAAUUUAAUUUCGUGUCUGAACAAUAGAAGAUGAGGAAUUGCCGUUUAUUGAGGACAUGACAGGCUCUUUGAUAGAAAUCUGUGACACCAGGUUGGAGUCUGCUCUAUGCCCAGGUAGUGUUUAUUCAGCAGAGACCACCAGUCACUGAAGAUACCGGGAGACAUCACUUGCAGCAGUAAAAACUAGGAAGGUUUGCUUGUUUCUAGACUGGCAUUUUCUCUACCUAGAGGACCUCUCAGUGCUCCAGUUUAGGUUACCCAGUUUCACCAUAGUCAGGAAAUAUACAGAUUUGAGACGCCACAUCUGUUUAGGGGCUACCUCCAGAAGUAGGCCAGAGCUUUGAGGCUGGACCUGGGGGCUGGUGGGUGAAGAGGAGGUGAUGUCUCUGUCUCCCUGUCCUUCUUGCAGGUAAAGGGGACCUGCAGCCUCAACUGGACAAUGCACUCCAAGAUGUCAAUGACAUGUACCUUCUUUUGGAAGAAACGGAGAAACAGGCUGUCCGCAAGGCACUCAUUGAGGAGCGAGGGCGGUUCUGCACCUUCAUCGCUUAUUUGCAACCUGUGGUGGUAGGUGCCCCCCACCCCUACCUUACCCAAUAUUCAGCUGCCCACAUUUGUUUCAUGGGUUGAGUAAACUGAGAAAAAAGUCCCUUACUUAUAGUGUAUUUUAAUUUGCAAACAAAAUUCUGGCAGCCACCACCACCCCUCCCAUAGUGACAGUAUACAUCUUGGGUAUUGGUAGGUACUUAAAAUAUUUGGUGCAUGGGCCCAUUGGAGAAAAAUGUGCCUCAAUUUUGUAUGUGGUGAUUUAUGCAUAUAGAUGCAAAUUUAGGCAACUUGCAGAGAAAAACAAACUCCGGCUCCUCCUAGACUUACUCUGAGCUAUGGGGUGUCAACAGGGUUGCAUUGCACCCAACACUGUCUGUCACACACCUGCACACACCUCUGCUCCCACCUGAAGCAAUGCUUUAAAAGGACUUGCCCCGUUCAUAUGGCUAAUCUACAUCCUGUCUUUAUCUAUCCAUUCCUUUCCAAGGCUUCAGCCCUGUGCAUGGGAGCCAGUCCUAUUGUGGAUUUAGGUGGGCUUGCUAAGUUAAGGUUAAGGAGGCUGUGUGCGCCAACAAUUAAUGAAACUUUGGUCAAGCCCUUCCCUUGAGAUGCUGUUGAUUUAUUUAUUUAUUGCAUUUAUAUCUCAUCUUUUCCUCCCAGGAGCUCAGGGUCGUGUAUGUGGUUCUUGACGACUACAUAUUAGAUCAGCCUUUCUCAACCUGAUGCCUUCUAGUUAUUUUGGACUACAACUCCCAUCAGCCCCAGAGGUGGGCUGUGCUUGUGGUAGUAUCUCCCAGGCUGAACUGCUAAGUUGCCUUUGGCUCUUCAUCCAAAAAUCCAUACUUCUAUCUCCAAGGCUAGGGAACCAUAUGGCUGGGCCCUGCCCAGGUUAACCCACAUAACCUUCAUCAGACAGAACCAGGACUUGCAAAGGGUCCAUUUGUGAUGCAAGGAUACUGCCCACUGCAAUGCAGGAAUAUUGAGUUGUCUUUCUCCCAAACGCGGCAAAUGCCCGAUUCUCUCCUCUUGUCUCUUUUGCAGAAUGGAGAGAUCACCAUGCUGGGAGAGAUCACCCACCUGCAGGGCAUCAUUGACGACCUGGUGGUCCUGACAGCUGACCCCCACAAAUUGCCAUCAGCCAGUGAACAGGUGGGAGAACCAAAAGGAUGGAGUGCUGGAGAGGUUUUAGAAAAGGAUGUGUAGCUAUGUGGGGGUUAUUUGAAUUUAUAUACCAAAUCUGUAUGUGAUUCUUCAAGUCAAAUUCUCAGAGUGGCUUCCAGUACAAAAGAUAAAACAUUAACAAUUUAAAAGCGACAAUAAUGAGAACAGAGUAGCAGCUUCCCUAAAUCAGAACAAAUCCUAGAAGGCCCUUGAUUAAAUUCUCAGUUAAUUUAUUGCAUCAAGCAGUUUGGGAAAUAUGGAACUAGUCCAGCCCAAGCUCCAGCUUUCAGAAUUUAAUUGUGACAGGUGCCCAGAUAGCCCAGCAUCAAACUUCUAGCAGUGGCAGAGUCUCUAACUGAAACCGGGGAGGAGGUAAUCCGAAAGGAAGGAAUUGGAAAAUACUUGCUAGGUUCAAAAUACCUUUAUAUAACGGAAACUCAUUAUUCCUUCACACCCACAGUGAUGGAUACAGGAGCUUAGCCAAACCCAGUAAUGACUUAUGGGCCUUAUGUGCAAACAUAUGUCUUUUGAGAAUUAAACAAAGAAAAGAAGUGCAGGCUUAUAAGGUGGAAUUGAAGUGGUUAGAUGGACCAGUGGUCUCGAGGCAGCUAAAGGUGGUCUUAAUGGGGCAUUGUCAGAAUGUGUGCCUGCCUGUGUGGGAUUGUUGAGUGGCCACUGGUGACAUGUCCUCCUUUACUGAGAAAGCAGAGUAACCCCCUGGACUCUGCUCUAAUUGGGAUGACAAAUGAGACACAAUUGGAAGAACGUUUUGCACCCUGAGAAGUGUCAUGAAGCUACCUUUUAAUGCCAAAUAUUUUGCAGGUGAUCAAAGAUUUGAAGGGCUCUGAUUAUAGCUGGUCUUACCAGACCCCGCCGUCCUCUCCCAGCAGCUCUGGGUCCCGCAAAUCCAGCAUGUGCAGGUAGGUGUGUUUGGCGCAGCUGGAGGAAUCUCCCAGCUCAAGGGCAUGACUGCCAAGAGGAGCAUAGCAUGACCUGCCUUUCUCUAAGUGGGCCUGUCGCCACUUGUAGGAUCCCACGGAGGUAGCAAGUGAGGUGCUAUAAUUCUUGAGUGACUCUUUUCUUUUUUUAAUAGUUCUUUUUGUGGUAUUUUGUUAAAAAAAUCCCAAGUUCAAAUAACUAAUGCAAACCUCUCUCCCCAUCCCUGUGGGAAGAGAAACUAGCAAUUCAACGCUCUGUUGAUCAACAGUCCCCUAGCUUGGAUCAACAGGAAGCAAUGGAGUCAGUCACCUGAACUUGCAAAGGAGACAUGUUUAAAGGCACAGGAGCCCAGAGGUGCUUUAAGCACAUGUUGCCUGCUCAUGCUGCGACUGUGUCUCGGGCUCCCUCAGGAAACUCUGGCAUGCCAUGUGGACUAAGAAGUGGGGGAACAUGGCACUUCCAGAGCAGUGGGCCUAGUGCAGAAACACCCUGGGAUUGUGUGUGUAUAUUUGUGUGUGUGUGUGUGUGUGUGUGUGUGAUCAUUGUCAGGCCCUCAGCACCACUGCUGUCUCUUAGCUGGGAGAGAAGAAUGUGUCACUUUCCCCCAUAUGCUCCUUUCCUGUCUGUAAUGCCACUUAAUUCCUCAGUUUGUGUGAGUUGGACUGGGUUUUUGUUUUUUUAAUAAAUGAAAACAAAACUCUCUCUUCCUUCCUUUGCACCCCCUGCUAUUCUCACUCCUACCCCAUCAAUGCGCUUUGAUGAUGCGCUUUGUCUCUCCUGCGCGCCUCGUCCUGCCCCCCUCCUGCCCACCAUGCCGUCUCAUCCUGCUACCCUUUAGCGGCGCUAGCAGUGCUCAGGGUGGCCCCCCGUGGCUCACGGGUUCUCAAACAUACUCACCAACUUCCAUAUGUCGCUACCGCAGCCUGGCACAGCCCGUCAAUGCCAACACCCGCCUGUCCAGCGUCUCAUCGCAUGACUCUGGCUUCAUCUCCCAGGACGCCAUGUUCUCCAAGCCACCUUCGCCAAUGCCCUCGGACCUCACCAGUCAGGUAAGCUCAGUGGGGCAGCCACCAAAGGCCACAGAAUGUAAAGGGGAAGCCCUGGGCAAACAUGGCAACUAUCAACACUCUUCUUGCUGUUACUCUGCUGCAGGCAAGCCCAAUCUGGUUGUGCAUGCACAGCCUCUUAGGGGAAGUCAAGGGUGCUGGUGGCCAUAGGACAGGUGACAGACCCCUUGAAUGAGCUGCCAUCCCCCACCCCUCCAGUUUAAUCAGAUUCCUCUGCCCUCAGUCCUUCCUUUUUAUAAACCAGGCUGGCUGACUAUUUAGGUGGGGUAAGUUCCCAGCACUACAUGGGCUGUGCAACGGAUGGGUGUGCCAGUCCCCAUUUUAGCUGGCUCCAGGUGAGGUGUUGGCAGCCACGUCUCUUUUUUGCCUGGGAAGGGAGUAGGCCCAGAAAUCUGUGAGGAAAAGAAGCCUGCUUCUCUCCUUGGCCACCCGGUGGUUGUUGAGCCCUAGGAACUGACAGCCUCAGCUCUCCAGGGGUGAUGAAGAACUCCUACAUAGGUGUCAAGGCUUCAGAUUUGGGGGACCUGCAGCUCGGCGCUUCCCUUGAAGGGCAAAAAAAUCUCUCUCAUCCCUCCAGCUGAAUAGCCAGGUGCACAUAAUGGCUUCUCUGUGACUGGGGAAGGGACUUAGUGCUGCAGGGAAUGUAACAAGCAACCCACCCACUCAAGUAGCUUUUGCCAGCCUGCUGCCUAUUAAGAUGCCUGGCCCAGUGUGGCCAUUCCAGUGCGAAUUAAGAGCCCAGAACAUCUGGAGGGCUCCAGGCCUGUGAAGGCGGCACUAAAGCAUGGAUUUCUGAAUCCCACAGCCGUGGAGGGUUACAGCCACUCAAAGGUUCUCACGUCCCCAUUUCUUUUAAGUGUAAAGAGCCAGCAGCUCUUUCUCUGGGGCUUCUGCAACAGAUGGUCCAGAGGGAUUUUAUCCAAGACUUGCAGAGCAAAGGUUUAUCAAGCUACCCUGAGCCGAGGGCGGCUCCAAGAAAAGCAAGUUAAGAUAUUUAUGAAUAAUGUUGUGUUUUUGUAAAGUGUCUCAUGGAGGUGCAAGCAGAAUGGCUGGCCUGCGGGCAGGAAGAGGGCAGCUGCCGAGUGUGCACCUGUGAGGAAGGUGCAGGAAGUUUGGGACGUCCCUCUGGCCUCCUGUGUGCCUUGUUUCCACACCCUGGGCGAGAGGAGGCUUUCCCCUCCUGCCUCUCUGCUUCCUGCAGCUGGCCCUUUCCUCUUGCCCUUGCAGAGGAAGGCGGCCUUCCUUCCUCCCAGCUCCUUCCUCAUCGCUUCCCCUGCUGAAGAGUUAUUGCAGAGGGCCUGGAAGUGCCUGUGCAAAAUCCAUGUGAGGCCCCUCAUGGGCUUCCCGUGAGCGUGUGUGGCUCCUCCGGUGCUUGCACUGCCUGCUGUGAUCUAACACCUGGCUCUUGAGUGUCAAGGCUGGCUGCCCUGCGCUUGCAUCUGCCUCCUCCGGUCUCUCUCUGUCUCUCUCUCUCUCUCUCUCUCUCUCUCUCUCUCUCUCUGCCUGCUGCUUUCCCUCCACCAGCUGCUUAACCAGGUCUCUUCUCUCCCUUCUCUCCCAUAUGUCUGUUUUGCUCCUGCUGACCUUUGGACUUUGGGCAUGGCAGAAGUCCUCCAGCUCCGCAUCGUCCGAGGCCUCAGAAACCUGCCAGUCUGUUAGCGAAUGCAACUCCCCGACCUCGGUCAGUUCUAGCUCUGCCCCCGGGGCAUGGUCAGGCGGCCGGAAGGUGACGCGCAAAUCGGCAACAUCCUUCCCACCCACCCACCAACCCACCCAUCACACACCCAGGAUCCAGGGAUACGCACCCCACCCAGUGGCUGAUGCACUGCAGGGCUUUAGCAUGUCACAAACCUUUGGGGAAAUGGACACCUCCUCCUGCUCCUCUGGUUGCCGUCUCCCUCUCCUCUUCUUCCUCCACCAUUUCUGUUCCCGGUCCCACCUUGUUGGCUGGCUUUUGGCUCUUGGCUUUUUGAUGGUUGUUGUUUUUUUGGUCCUGGCUUGAUGAUUCCGGUGUGAUUCUGGCUUCCUCUGCAGCUCUGCCCAGCCGGUUGCCACGGGCCGCCCCCUUCCCACCCCCUGCAGGUUGGCUGGGUGUGCAGCGGUCAUGCGUGUGCUCUGGGUUCUCUUCACCGUGGUUUCUUACUGUGUUUCAGUGGAAACCCCUGAAUGUAGCUCAUGUGGCCAGGACUGAAGGAAGCUCCAGAAGAAGCCUUAGCCUGGUGUGUAUAUUGUGGUGUGUCCGUUUCCGAGAUCUUGACCAGGGGAGUCAGCUGCUCCAGAGCUGGAACAGGAGCCUUCUGUGGCUCUGUUGGCUCUGGAAACAUGUAGCUCCAAGCCUAAUCUUCCAGCAGCAGCCUAGGGAUACCCCUCUGGAAAGCAAUGGAGGUGAUGCUGCAGAGGUCACUCAAGAGCAAGAGCCUCUGCUCUGCACAAGUUCCGUUCUGUUUGGGGGUUUUUCUGCAUCUUUUAAUAUGCUCAAUGGUUGAACCCAGCCAGGCUCCCACCCCAGCAUUUUUAGGUGCAGGUAGCAAAGGCUCCCAUGUGGCCCCAGAUCAAACCCAUCAGGCUGUCUGAAGCAGUCGUUCUUUCCUCUUGCACACUGGCAUUGUGAGCACAUCAAAAUGCUCUGGAAACAGGAAGUGCUGCUUCCUUCUUCCUGAACACAGGAAGCCUGCAUCAGGACAGCUUUGGGAUGGCAGAAUAUGAACUAUUUCCCCUCAGCUGACCCACCUGCCCCCCCCCCAAGUCUCUGCAAUGUCCCUGUGCUGCCAUCUCUCUGAGUUGGGGCAGGAACUGCUUCCCAUAAACAAACACCAUGUAGGGUUUGGUGUGAGUGGAGUGAAGUGGUGUGGGGGGGCUGAGAACAGCUCCUGCCUGGAAGUCCUUCCAUUCUCAGAUCAGCCAUGAGCUCACUGAGUGCUUUUAGACAGCAGUCUGCCUUCCAGGACCACUGUAUGGAUCGUGCAGAACUGAAUGUGCUGUGUUUUGAACACUCAGUAUUUAUAUAGCACUUUCUGUAAGAGGGAAGAUGCAUUCACCUGACUUUUUCCAGAAAAUGUGUUUGAGGAGAGUGAGAGAAUUGGGAUUCCAGUGGGAUGGGGGACACAUAUUGUUGGAGGUAUCAUGACUGUCAGCUGCUUCAAGCUCUUGGGGAAGCAACCCACACUUUUAAAAGGAAGCAGGCACCCUCCUGGCCUGGUGCCUCCACCUUUCCUGUCUUUGUUGAAACACUUUUUAAGCCAAGAGGGGAUUUCUCCGUCACCAGCCCAACAGAGCAAAAUGGUGGCAGAGCCAUUUUGUGAUUGCCACAACCCCUGCUCUUUGCCCUGGGGUGGCCCUUUUGCCAAUUCCUCUCUCCCCACCCCCUUGCCCAAUCCCUCUCCAUCCAGUCUCAUCUCCCAUUUCUGCCCUAUUCCAUACCCACCUGACUUUGCACUGCUGUGCCUGAUGUUGGGGCCCCAGCUGUGCCGUCCUACCCAUCUCCUCUUGGAUUUUGCAGGAUUGGUCCAAGGCUAGCCUCUAUGAACAGCCGGUGGCAAGCACACUGCAGCGAAGGAAGGACCGCGUAGAGCAUCUCCGUGAAGCUGAGCUGGGCUCCACCAGCCUGGUAUACCCAGGAAUCAGCUUGGAGGAAGGCUCCAGGCCCCGCAUGUCCCCGGCCUCCAUUGCUGCCAAGGUAUAGCCAGCUUCAGUGUCAAAAUGGGAGACCGGGGGGACAGGAACUUGGAAUAGGUUUGGUACCCAGGUGAUGGAGCACUUACUUGUCCCAAACCUUAGCUAGCAGAGAGGCAACUCCCUGGAGGAGAAGACCCGGGCCUCUUCUGCAUGUCUUGUUCCAGAAGGAGAUUUACCCAAAUAGCAAAUGGCAUCCUUGAGCUGAGUGCAGAAGGGAAUUUCAGGGCAGCAGAGGAAGUUCUCUCGGGGAAGUGUUUUGCAGUUGAUGGGUUUUGCUCAUAUGAAUUGUGAAAAAUUGCCACCCCCAGCAUGCCAUCGCAUGCCAGCAGCUUCCUGUGUAGCCCUUUGCCCUGAUGGGGCUGUGGAGCCCUGGAGGAAUUGAAUGAUGCAUGUCUGUUGCUUAUACUUCAUAUGUUUGGUGAGGGACCUGCUUGAGUGACCCUGGCAGACGUGAUGCCUACUCUCACCAGCUGCUGUAUGUGAGUCACUGGGGAAUAGCCAUGGGAGGGAGAGAGGGAGGGCUGGCCACUGCCUUUAGGCACCACUUUCCUCCUCUUACUUCCACCUUGCCUCUGCCCCACAAAGCCCCCUCACUUCAGCCCCCCCCCCAGUGCACACAAAAGAAAUGGGAAUUCUUUGCACACCCUGUCUUGAGCAGAGCUGCAAUGAUGAGGGGCUCAUGGGGUGCAUGUGGAAUUGGGGCACGCAUGUUAGCCUGGGAGAGAUCCAGGCUAACCACCCUCAUGGCACCAGCUGCUUGCCCACUAGGGGUGUUGUGUUCACGGCCAACAUAGUUUUGGGGAAUGAGAUAACUUGAUCAUUCUCCUAUCUCCCCAUCUCCACUUGCUUUCCAUUAAUGUUUUCUGACCUUUGGGUGUAGGUGGCCUGGCCCAGGCACACACAUGGUAUCAUCUCCUACAGCUCAGGGUGCCAUUUGCUUUGAGACCAGCUCAUCACACCUCUCACUCCCCACCCCACCCCAUUUUGUUUCUCCAUCAGCAUGGGGAGGAAGUGUCCCCAGCCGCAAGUGACCUGGCCAUGGUGCUGACCCGAGGCCUGAGUCUUGAGCACCAGAAGAGUAGCCGGGACUCCCUGCAGUACUCCAGUGGCUACAGCACACAAACCACCACUCCUUCCUGCUCUGAGGACACCAUCCCCUCGCAAGGUAUCUCUGCCAAUGGGCUUCUUGGCACCCUGGGAAGGGGUGGGGUGGCGUUUUACUUAAUGUGGUUGCCCAGUUUAACGAUAAAUAUUUUUAGGGUGGCAUACAUGGUUAUUAUAUUUAUCUAUAUCUUGCCUUCCUCCCCACCCAUGGGAUUCAAGGCAGCUUACAACUAAAAUACAGUGGUGCCUCGCAAGACGAAAUUAAUCCGUUCCGCGAGUGUCUUCGUCUAGCGGUUUUUUCGUCUUGCGAAGCAACCCUAUUAGCGGCUUAGCGGAUUAGCGCCAUUAGCGGUUUAGCGGCUAUUAAAGGCUUAUCGGCUUAUCGGAUUAGCUGCUAAAAGGCUAUUAGCAGCUUAGCGGCUUAGAAAAAAGGGGGGGGGAGUGAAAAAAAAUCUCAAGACUCGCAAGACUUUUUCGUCUAGCGAAGCAAGCCCGUAGGGAAAUUCGUCCUGCGAAGCAACUCAAAAACGGAAAGCCCUUUCGUCUAGCGGGUUUUCCGUCUUGCGAGGCAUUCGUCUUGCGGGGCACCACUGUAGGCACAAGUUAUAUAUAUUAACGGAAUCAAAAUAUAUACGUAUGAAAGAUCUCAUAUAGUGGAGAGUGUUGUGCAUGGGGUGCAGCAAUGGCUGCUUGGCUGUGCUGCACCUGCCAGCUGAGAAUGCUGACACCUACUCUGUCCAUCUGUCGCCUCCACAGGCUCAGAUUACGACUGCUAUUCCGUGAAUGGUGACAUGGAAGGGGAGAGCCAGAGCGAAUUCGACAAAUCCUCGACUAUCCCUCGCAACAGCAACAUUGCCCAGAAUUACCGGCGCAUGAUCCAGACCAAGCGGCCUGCUUCUACUGCUGGCCUGCCCACCGGCACUGCCCUGCCCACCGGUGCCACGCCAGGGGUGGCCACCAUCCGCCGCACACCUUCCACCAAGCCCACGGUACGCCGAACCCUCUCCAACGCCGGCCCCAUUCCCAUCAGACCCCCCAUCGUCCCUGUCAAGACGCCAACAGUGCCUGACUCCCCUGGGUACACCGGCCCCACCCGGGUGGGCAGCGAGGAAUGUGUGUUCUACACUGACGAUGCCUCACCAAGCGCCAUGGACUUCGCCAAAGCCUCACCCAAGAGGCUGAGCCUGCCAAACACCGCCUGGGGCAGCAACGUGAUGGAGAUCUCUGUGUACGCCGGGAAGCACCUCUCCACUGAGGAGGAGGAGCAGCAGCUGGCAGCCAACCGACACAGCCUGGUGGAGAAGAUUGGGGAGCUGGUGGCCAGUGCCCAUGCCCUUGGCGAGGGCCAGUUUCCCUUCCCCAUGGGGGUCUCUGCCCUCGGUCCCGGGGAAGAGACACCCACUCCUCCCCCGGCAGCCUCCAGCGACCCUCCGGCGGAAGACAUGCUGGUGGCCAUCCGGCGUGGGGUGCGCCUUCGCAGGACCAUCACCAAUGACAGGUCGGCGCCCCGGUUUUUGUGAUGGACUCUUCCCCAGCGCCUGCUCAGUGCCCACCCUGUGGCUGGAGAGCAACCAGAGUCAGGACUAAACCAGGGGAAAUGGAAGAGAAGUAAACGAACCACAAAAGGCAAAGCCACUUUAUGGAGAUCGUGUCAGAGUCUAGAUAUAAAGGAGACUAAUCUAUAUGCCUUUGCUAACAAACCUGCACAGGCACAGCCUGGCACUGAACUGGUUUUGGAGCCUCUUUUAUACACAUUGUUUUUUCAUCUGCUGCCCUGCCCAGGUUUCCUUUCCCCUCCUGCACCUUCCUUCAUCCUGGCCUGCAGAGAGACCGGUUGCUGCUGCCGCCACAAGGAGGGAGGCCAUUCCCUUGCUCCAUGAUUGUCAGGGAGGAGUGAAAACCUGAACUGGAUCUAGCAACUACAGUGUUCUUAGUAUAAACUACACACACACCCCGACACACUUGCACAUGGCAAAGAAAUGGAGGCUGCCAUUCCUAGAGAGCACCCACCUCCUCCGGACAAAAAAAUGCACUGUUAGUCCUGUGCUGAAUCCUUCCUUCACAGCUCUCUGUCUGUCUGUCUGUUUGUCUGUCUUUCCAGUUAUUUUCUGUUUGCCAUCUGUUUGUAUCAGCUACUUCAAGAAAGACUUUACAAGCAGCAGUUAACACCCCCGUGAACAAUCCCGGAAGCCUCUCGUGUUCCCUGGUGGAUCCCAAAUGCGCAGCUGGAGGAGAGGGUGCAAGGGGCAGGGAGUGGACAACCUGCAGGCAUGUGACCAGGCAGGAGGGCCCAAUCCCCCCCAACAAGAGGCUGAGUCACAGCCACAGACUUAUCGGUCUCUCUUUCCUCCAUGGCUCUACUGGGAGAGGAAUGGGCAGGUUGGUUAUAUUCAGGAAGAGGAUUGUGCUCUCGUCCCAAGUGGGGUAGGAGCUCUGUAAUCUGAGAGGCCGGGGGUUGGGCUGCUGUUGACCUGCCCUCAGUGCCACUUCAGGACCGGGCUUGAACCUUUUGGUAAGAGCAGUGGCCAUGGUUCUCCCUUGAAGGUGGGUGGGAGGGAACAGAAUUGGCAGUGAUGGAAAGGUGAAGGUGGACAGCUGUUGCUCUGGAAUAGCUGUAGCUAAAGUGGAUAUAGGGGCAAAAGAAGCCUUUUGUGGAUGUUAGUGGAGGACUUUGGUAACUGAGGGCCUUAGAGGGUUUUGGAACCAGGGUGUGUGCAAAGACCGAGGGUGUCUGCUCUUGAAUUCUGCUACGACCAUCUGGCAAGGCCAAAGGUUGUCAAACUGAUGCUCACAGGUUCUGGUGUCACUGGAAAGGCUGUAGCAGAGGGGUAGAGCACCUGCUUGGCAUGCAGAAGGUUCCAGGUUCAACUGUUGGCAUCUCCAGAUAAGAGUAGGAAAGAUCUUUGUUGUGGGAGGCUGCAGCCAAGCAGUGUUAGGCAAGGCUGAGUUAGGUGGAGUACUGGGUCUGGGGCAGUGUCCUCUGCCUUUUCCAAUGUGAGCCUGUUUUGGCCAGGUAUGGGUAUGGUUAUGACUAAACCUGUGAGUGUGUGGCAGGGUGCCUCUUCCAACAGCAUCAAAAGGGGCCCCAUUUUGUCAAUAUUGGGUGGAUACUUUGAAAGGGGUAAAAAGAUAUCUGCAGAGAGGGAAAUAGCUGAACCAACCCUCGAUUGGUUUGUUUACCUUUGGCGAUGUUGCUGCUGCACAUCCCAUUCAUGGUACGAUUCCCCGAUUCACCCUGACCUGCUCUUGAAAUUAGAGUCCACUGCUGUAAUUUAAUAAUAAAAAAGUGCCCCAGCAGAAAGUGAGGAAAGAAUUGCCACAAGCAGGCUUUAAAAAUGGGGGCAGAGGGGAUUUACAGAAACAGGCCAGCUCCCUUGUUCUGGUUUUGGCCUCCAGAUUUAUAACCAGAUGAAUAUUCAGCACAGCUUCUUCCUCUGUGCUUGGAGCUGAAGGAGCAUGAGUUGGAUUGCAGCUCCCAGCCAGAACCUCCAGCUUGGGCCAUGCAGCUGCUGUAAGAAUAUCCACAUUUCUCACUGUUUUAGGCCAGGGAUGGAGAACUUUUCACCUUCCAAUGUUAUUAAGACUCCCAUCAAUGCUGACCAUGGGCUAGGCCGGUUUCUGGGCCUGAUGGGAGUUCAGCAGGGCUGAAGCUUAGGGCACGCAAGCCAGGUAGUCAGAAGGAAUACAAAUUGUGCCCAUCACCUUUUUAAGCUGUUUUGCUUGCUUCCACCUGCCCCCCAAAUUUGGAACUUACCUGCCUAUUCUGCCCCACAGAAACAACUUGUUAAGGGUUUGGAUAAAUUCAUUGAGUUUAUUUAUAUUAGUUAUGUAAUGCAACUGUUUUAACAACUGCUUAUACCCAGAUCUGGAGAGUGCAAGAGACUUGAAUCUACCUUGUGCUCACCCUGAUAUUGUCGCAGAAAGUCUAGAAAUCGGCUGUGUUGGCAAAUGGGAAGUGAUGUUGGGAAAGGGGACAGUCUUGAAAGAAAGAGAAAGUGAUGGGGAAAGUCAGUGGCUGGGAAUUAAGGUGGUCUAAGAUGAGGGAGAAAGAGGGAGAGGCCUUUCCUUGUGCUUGACUAGGAAAGAAUCGGAGAAUUGUAGAGUUGGAAGGAACCAUGAGGGUCAUCUAGUCCAACCCUUUGCAAUGCAGAAAUCUUGUCCAACAUGGGGCCUGGUCCUGGGUUAAGAGUCUCAUGCUUUACAGAUCAAGCUUCCUCAACAAAUGAGGGUCCAUUAAACGGCCCCUGCUGCAUAACCUCCACCUUUUGUGUUUGUUGGGCUCAAGAAUGAGCAUGUCUUGCUUUUCUGUCCUGGGACUGUCGAGUAUCCAAGGAUCACUGAACAGCACAGAUGUAGCACAUAUGGGGUUGCUAAAGUGGGGGAGGCAGAGCCCAUGCUAGACAUUAGGGGGCUUCCUUUGUCUUUGGAUUGGCCAGGCAUUCGAGUACAGCACUUACCCAUGCAAAGAAAAAAAUGAAAGAUGGGCUUGUGACAAUUAUUCCAAGAGAGAUGCCACCACAUUUCUCAUAGCAGCAGCAUGGUGGUCAACAACCCUUUCUAAAGUAGAGAGAGAGCACAGCUGUGGACAGCGUUGAGUGUUGUGUGGUGAGGCACGAGCAAAGCACAGUGGUGGUGAAUACACGAGGUGGCCAAAGCAGCCAACUCAAGGCCCCUUGCAAGGGCUGGGGAGCCUAGAAGCCUCUGAGAAAGCACAACUGCGCCUGCUCCCUCUUGCUGGAUCCCCCCUUUCUCCCCAUCCUUAGCCCCUGCAAGGCACAGCAGGGCCUGGUGUUGUCGUUGUUGUACAUAGAGCCACAGCAGUCCCCUCCACCCUCCCCACAGCCCAGACGUCUUAUGUGCGCUUGCGUGGGUGUCACGUUGUAGCCUCCUUAACUCUUAUACUGUCGUAGUAAUAACAGUUUAGUUUCUAACCAACCAACCUUCCUGUGGGUGCCCCCCCUCCUCCCUGUCAUGGCCAGAAAUGACAACAGUGACAAUGCGUGAGAAAUGUUUGCAUUUUGCUUUUUAUUUUUAUUUUGUACAGAGGAAAAAAAACCCUUUAAAAUGUCUCUCUCAACUGAUGUUAACUAUUCUGGUGCUGUUAACUUGUUCUUUUUUUCUAAUUUAUUUACCCUACCCCCCCCCCUUUUGCUAGCAGCCCUGGCCUUACCCACCCGCCCUCUUUCAUUCUUAAAGUUAAUUAUCCUUCCCUUCUCCCUUCAUUUAAAAUAGUCACUGCUACAAGUAACGAAUGCACUGUGAAGAUUCCAGUAUUAAUAAAAGUUGUACUGUAAUUAACGCAAAUUGGUUCCUCCCACCCCAUCCCACCCAUUCUUACUCUCCUACGCGUAAGAGGAACAAAGCAGUUGUUUCUUCAGGCCAGGCACACAACAUCCACAGGUGGUUUUCCUACCUGUAACCCUCCUGGAAUCACAACACAAAUGCUAACACACAUUUGUCCCAGCCAUUCCAAUUCUGAAUUUAUGGUUACAGAAAUGGAAAGGUAAGUGUAUUUUUUAAAAACAAAGCACCAGCUUCUAUAGUUCUAGCCUAGUAGGGGUUCUUAGAGAGAUGUCUUAAGGUGUAUUUCAGACGAGCAUAAGAGCCUGCUGGAUUGUAGGACCCAUCCCGCUCUGGCAGAGAUAAACCAGAUGCCUGUAGGAAACUCAAAGGGCAAAGCACAAUAGAAACUCCUUGUGUGAUUCCCAGCAACUGGCAUUCAGAAGCACACUGCCUCCAACAGUGGAGGUAGCAAUCAAUAGCUGCCUCUCUCUGUAUCUUCUCAAAUGGAAAGCAAUAAGCAUGUGUUGUUGUUUUUUAGCCUUCUGGGGCCUUUCUUUUUCUAAUGCUGUUGCUCUAAAGCCGCAGCCCCUGGACUAGGAGAAAGGAGCUGGGCGUUGCUGAUUUCAGUUCCAGCCAGUGCAUCAAUCCCCAACCCUCUCUCUUCUCACAGCCAUUUGCAUAAUUCCAGCACCUUGUAGCAAGAAACCAGCAUUUCCAUGCCCAUAGAAUCUAAAGAGCUGCUUAGUAUCCAAGUGUGCCUGCUUGUGUAUGUGGAGAAGUAACAGGGGUGAAGUCUGAGGGGUAUUAUUUCUGUAGCUUCCACUAUAGCAGCAUAGGAGAUAGUUCUUCCCCACAGCAAGCUUUACCACAGUCUUUGUCACUGACAGUUGCCCUUCACAUCAAUCCCCACCCCUAAUCACUGAACCAUUUCAAGGCUGGGCUGUGUUAGGCCUCUCCACCAGCCCCAACCUUAGUGAGGCAGCUGGGCAGCAGCAGUCCUCAAAGGCUACACACUGCUCCACUCUGGCCUUGUCUAAGAGGGCAAGAGACUUCCCAACCAGACACAGAUUGCUCCCUUUUCCGCAAUCCCUCACUGGCUACUGGCUCCCUUCUGAUGGGCUCUCCUUUUCUUGGAGUCAGAAAAGGUCCAGUGUGGCAGUUUGACACAGCAUGUCAGCGCCUACCCAAAGCCGAAAUAUAGAGAUUUUCAGCUGACAAGACAAUUUGCUUAGUUCUACUUCUGAAAUGGAUGAUAUCCAAUCCAGAACUCCCACAUCCAUACAUGGAAGGAGAAAUAGCACUUUAAAGUAAUUGUUCAGCGAAGACAUUUGAAACAAAAGCAACCUGAAGCACCAGGAAAGUCUUGAAAGAGGCCCAGAAAGCCUGACCCAAUUCUAGAUCUGAAAUCACCUGGCUUUGGGCUUAAAUAAAAUACUGUUCUCUGUAGCCUGAUCCGGCAAGUGCCCAUUCCACCAAGGGGCUGUACUGCCAGUUCCACUGUAUUUCUAGCUGGACCUCAACUAAAGGUGAGCUCACGACUAUUAAAACCAGACACUGGUCUCUCAGCAGCCAGCACAUUUUGAACUAAACAUCUGGUCCCCAUAAUAUCUGAAGGGCAUUUGUAUCUCUUCAAGCAAGUAUCUGUGUUUAGGAGCUGCAGCCAGUCACAAGUUCCAUAGACACCUGCACUGUCCUCCAGAGGUCAGGAACCUGUGCCCUCCAAAUAUUUGCUACAGCUCCCAUUAUCCCUGACUAUUGGGCCAGGCUGACUCGGAUGAAUCAAACCCCUGUAUUACAUUUAAAACAAGUAGUCAGCCCACCACAGAAACAAAGAGAUCUGUCAUUCACAUGUAAUGCAGCCCUAAGAAUGGCUCGGAGGGAGCAAGUGCAAAAGGUUUGCUUUUGAGGAAAGUAAACAUAACAGCAAUGUUAUCUUCUCUGAAGGGGUAGGCUAGGGUAGGUUGGGAGACAAUUCCAGAACUUAAGUAUAAACCUCCUUAGGACAGCUGAGAGGGCUCAACAAGUCUUCCACAGCAGAGUAAAUGGAGAGUAAGAUCUCUAGAGAAAUACAGAGCCUAAUACUGGACACUGCAAGUGCAGGGAAACGUGGCUUUCCUCUGCAGCCCAAAGGGUAAGAAGUGCAUCAUUUUAAAAUGAAUGACAAGAUUGAUCCUCCCAUGAAUUUAAUGUGCCAUUGGCAGAGCUCCUCCCUAGCUCAUGUUCCCAGGAACAGGUAAAAUUCAUGAGAGAAGUCACCAAACAGGUUUAUCAGCCAACCUUUAAUCCAGAUGCUGGGUUUUAUUAAAGAAAAAUCUAUGGCCAGUUUCACACAGGCCAUCUCUUCAGCAGACAAAAGGCUAACUUGGUACAAGACUCUAUUUACAAACACAGAGAUAAAAACUGCAGGAUGGAAAAAUUACACCAGCCACGCCCACAAGGCUUCCCAGACACUGGCCAAUGGAAGAGGAGGAGCCCUAACGUCCCUGUGCUCAUAUCUUACCAACUCAGAAAAGGGGACUUCAUCUAGCUAGCUCACUUGACAAGGAAAGGGCAGCAGGGCCUUGUCCAAGGGCAGGUCGGUAGUGGGUGCAGCACCCAAACUGUCUGUAAAAAGCGUGGAGCCAGAAACACACCUGAAAGGGGAGGCCUCGCCACUUGGGAGAACCUGACUGACUUCUGGAACAGCAUGGACAGAACAGGUUGAUGACAUGGUUGGACUUUCAAGUCACUGGAAGAAAACAAGAGUACCAAAGUGGGAGCAACUGGCCAAAAAAGCUCAUACCCUUCAAAACAUCUUUGGAACAGGAAUCCCAGCCACGUCCCUGAAAAAGCGCCUCUCAGAAAGCAUAGCGGGUGCGGAUGUCCUCUAGCUUCUUGGACACCUCUGGUGGGGUCCUGUCCAGCUCUUCAGACACGUUCUUCUGCUUGUUGGGCUCCAUGGAGUUGAACUGCUCACACAGAUCCCCAUCAAUGACAUUCUAGCAAGAGAAAGAAAGGGUGGGGGGCUAUUUUAGAAGCUGCAGCCCAUGGAACGAAGGAGGGAAUGGGCUCAAGCACAGAAAGCAGACCCAAAGCAUACAGAAAAAGAGGCCAUGGUUUCCCAAGAAAAAAGAAGACCCACCUUGAUACCUAGGUCAGUUCUAACAGGAUGCUACCAUCACCAGGGAGAACUGCAAUAGGGAAUCGCGGGGAGGGGGCUUGAAAUCUAUACAUAUCACUUGGAAAAGAUAAACGUCCAUUCAGACAAACCACCCAGAUGGUGAAAAAGAAAAAGUCAGAGAAUCACGUAGACAUAUAUGCCCCAUUGCUGAUUACCUUUCUUAGCACGCAGAAUCCUGUCCUGGAAAAGCCAUUCCAGCAACCUAAGCAGAUGCUCUGACCAAAGCAUAAAAUGCAGGGGGGAAAUUUGGCCUUCACAUUGGCAACUUUUACCCAUGAGCAGAGCUCAAGUGUUUACUAGCAUAUGAUGGACACAUAGAAGACCCACAAACUCAGCCUACCUUCACUGGGAAGUAAUAGGAGCGGAAGCUGAGGUGGUCUCGUCCACAGAGAGGAGGGUGUUCAGACCUCAGAUGCAUCUCAACAUGUUGGAAGAAGUCAUGAUCCUGAAAAGAGAGAGAGCGCCAUCAAAGGGAAAGGAAAACAGCUGGAAGCAGCAGUGUCAGGCCACACCCAGUGCCAGCAUUGAGAAGAGGAGCGGCUGUGAUUGGUACACUAGUUGACAACACACCACCUGAACAAAUUUCCUAGAGCAGGGGUAGGCAACCUAAGGCCCGGGGCCCGGGGGCCGGAUGCGGCCCAAUUGCCUUCUAAAUCCGGUCCGCGGACGGUCUGGGAAUCAGUGUGUUUUUACAUGAGUAGACUGUGUGCUUUUAUUUAAAAUGCCUCUCUGGGUUAUUUGUGGGGCAUAGGAAUUCAUUCAAUAUCUUUUUUUCAAAAUAUAAUCCAGCCCACCAGAUGGUCUGAGGGAUAGUGAACCGGCCCACGGCUGAAAAAGGUUGCUAACCCCUGUCCUAGAGAGAGUGAGUCCUCUGCAGGCAGGCAUGCAUCAUUUUGGGGAAGGAUGUAUAUACAUAGCAGGAAGUUCAUCACAAAGCACUGGUCCAAUGUGGAUUUCCCUCUUUAGAAACCUGCCUGGAUUUCAGAUAUCACCUUAUUUGUAUCUGCCCAUUCUUCCAGUCUCCCAAGAAGGAGCCUGGCAUAUAGUUUAGAGGCUACAUCUAACAAACUAAUGGGUCUAUAACUGGCAGGAUUUUUCUUAUCAACCUUUUUAUAUAUUGGGGCAAUUAUACUCAGCUUCCACCCUUCCGGUAUGUGACCUGAGCUGUUAAUAUAUGAAAACAGUUUUGCAAAAAUGGGGACCAGAAAUCCAGAGAUUUAUCUUAUAAAUCUCCACUGGGCUCAUGUCUUCUCCUGGACCUUUAUUGGCUAGCUGGCUUAUGAUUAGCCUCUUAAUCUGAUUGGGGGGUGAUGUCUGGCCAUUCUGGCAGUUAUAAUAACUGAGUAUAGUAAACUUGUGAGGGUGAGUCAGAGCGGGGGCCAUAUAUUCCUGUAAAAUAUGUCACCCAGUCCUUUCCUUGGACAGAUGCUUCUAACAAGUAGCCCAGCCCAUUUGUACCUUGGGCAACCAAAUGCCAAAAUUUCCCUGAGUCCUUUUUAGCUCUGCUUCAUUCUGUCAUGCCUCAUGGGCAGAGCCAACUGGCAAAUGUGGGUGUCACCUGUGUCAGCAAAUGUUUUUAGAGUACAUUCUAUUGCCAGGUAUCAGUGUAUGCAUUGGGGAGGGGGGAGACAUACAGAGAGCAAAGAGAGCCAUAGGCAGCUCAGGAGGUCCAACAGCAGCCAAGCUCAGUACGUGCAUUAAAGCAGAUCCAUUUCUCAUCCACACAAGGAAGAGCCAAGAGGCCAACUGUGGGCAGGGAGUGGCAUAGCUUCCCCACCCUUUCAACUUUGUCUUCCAUCCUCCCAUAACUCACUGUCACUACUGCAGGGCAUUAAGUGCUCCUGCUGCACUAUGUAGAUGAACAACUCUUAAUAUUUUCAUCAUACAAGAACUUCCUACCUCAUGUGACGUAAAUGGGACCAGAAUGCCAAUGCCCCCAGAUAAGGUCGUGUAGACAAGAGAUUCAGAGCCUCCGGGGAUUAGAGUCGUCUUCUGCAGGGAGAGGACUGUUUCCCCUACAUGGUAGUUCAUAAUCACCUCUGCCUGAAAGGAAGACAAGCAAGAGUUCAGCAGGUGACCUAAGAUAAUGCAUUAAAUCCAGACAAUCUCAUUUUCAUCAAAGAAAACCUACAUUUAUCACUUCCAGUGGUUGGUGAGGACAUUUCUAAACACACUUAUAAUGCAAACUUGCAACAGUGAUUUCCUAUGUGUAAUGCUUGGGGAAGGAGGUGCUAUUAGGCUACUGGAGUACAUUGGACUCCUUCCAUUAUGAGCACAGUAUUUCAUUAGGACUGUAUUUCACAUUUCUAAAAUGCAGUGUCAAUUAAAUUAUCCCCCCCUAAAACAGGAUGACUGUUGAAAUAUGUCUUAAAAUUUACUUCCUGCUAGCUAAGUGUAAAAAAUAAAAUUGUGUAGGAGGGUUACCUCUCCUACAGUAACAGGGGUGCUAUGAACCCCAGAAGACAUUGCAAAUAAAAUAAAAAAUUAAGCAAACCUGAAUCACUUCAUACUCCCUAUACUGGCUCAACAAUUACAUGGGGUCAGUUGUCCUGGGUUGUUUCUCCCCCAUACUGUUUCAAGUUUCAUUUAACUAACAGGGGUCCAAUGUUCCCCUAUUGGAAAGGAAAACUGUCCCUCCUAUCCCCAGGAACUUCUCAAAACAGAGCAGGGGGAAAUCACAAAAGUUUUGCCUGUAUCAUGUGACAGCAUUUCAAGAACACGAAAGAGAUUUUUCUGUGAACUUUUAAAAAAUCUCUAUUCCUUUGUGCACAAAAAAAACAACUACAAACAACCCUAAUUACAAAGCUCCAAAGGCACCUGCUUGACCACAGGAGUACAAUUUCACUCUAUGCAGGGGUUUAACUCUGCUCCACAUUGCAUUUAUGUAGACACAGAAGUUAAUUUCAAAAGCCCUUUCAGGCUUCAACCGGCAGACAGACAUGUUAUUAAUUCCAUACGGAUACUCUGGCUUUUAAAAACCAAUUCACCGUAACAUGUUUUUUAUCAGUAGAUUUAUGCAUAGAUUUAUAUAUUCUUAAAAAGGAAGUUGCUGGUUCCAGAAAAAGGCAGGUAAUGAAGUUAAUAAAUAACCAGAGAACUAGAAAGAGCCUCCAGUUUCUCACCUGAGGAAGCACCCCCUUCCCUACACCAAAGUUACCUUUUGAGAAGCCCCAUUAAGAAGGCCUCUAUCCCACAACGCCUUGUUUCCAGUUGGGUCCUCAUCUACCUCAUCAUUUGUGUUGGGCGGCAGCCGCACCUACAGGAGGAGGCAUCAAGAGAGUCAAACUCACGCGUGGCCUCAGAGGCAAAUGGGAAUAACUAGAAGGUGUUGUAAGCAUGAAUUCAGAAAAGCCCAAACAAGCAAACACUCUGCAUGUCACAUCAAACCACAGUGAGUGCCCCAACCUGGGUUCACAGCAUGUUUCUCCCCCAACAAACCAUGAGAGUUAACCAAGGUUUGUUCUUGACUCAUUGGCUGUGCUUGUUGGAAGCAAACAAACCAACAGGAUGAGGUCUGGAAGUCACAACAAGCCGUCGCAGCAGCAGCAGCAGCAGGAGAGGAGCAGAGCAAGAACUUUUCAGCAGCAUGCACCAACACAACCACAUAAAUCCGCAGCCUGUUUUUAGCUGUGGGCUGACUGUGGUGUGUAAUCCAGGCCACAAAAGGAGAGCAACAAAGCAUAUGUCUCCAUUAACAGAACAGUCACAAGGUGUGCACUUUGGCAGAAGAGUCCAGAGGAAGUUGCCACCGCCCAUGACAGCAGCGUGUGAGUGUGGGAGAAAGGUCUCACAGGCCACCAGCUAAAUGGUGCUUAGCAAAAGCAAAAGGCAGGGGUUUCACUGGCGUCUCCCGCAUCAGGGAAUCAAAAUAGCAGGACAGUUCUCAAAUGAGCCCCAGAAGUUUCCUGGCUGCCUUCAGGCUGACUCACCACACAGAUGUUGCCAAACUUGUCAGCCCCAGCCACUGUGUCAUAGUCGAGGAGGCAGGCAGUGGUGACCCAGCGGGGGUGGGUGUCAUCUGCAAAAAUGAUCAGCUGGUUCUCGUUCCUCUUGUAGCGCACCCAGAUGAAGCUCUCCUGGACAUCUGAGACAAUCACUCGGUGCCCAAUGGUCUGGAUCCCACAGAUGUAGUUGGCAAUGUGCUGGGAAGCGACAGCAAUUCAGAAAAGCAGUUCAAAAAGCAAAAAAGGGAGGCUGUUCAAGGCAAGCUCCCAAAUCCCUUCCUAAACCACUAUGCACAUGAAAUCUGAACAUCACUGGCAUCUCUCUGCAAGGCUAUGAUCAUUUAUAGUGCAACAGCUGUCGCUUUCUAAAACUAAGAGAGAAAAGGGGAGGUGGGACAUUGCUUAUCUGUGAUCACUUUCUAUAUCUGAAUGUGCACCGAGAACCAGUGCUAACAUCAUUCUAGGUAGCUCUCUUGAUUCUAGAAAUACUCAGAAGGCCAAACAAACAAGGUAAAAGCAAAUAUGUGAAAUAUGAAAAUCUUCCUAUUUCUACUUUCUAUAACCCAGCACCUGCCAGGUGUUUGGGACUACAAAUCCCAUCAUCCUUGACCACUGGCCACGCUGCCAGAAGCUGAUGAGAGUUGCAGUCCAAAACAUUUGGAGGGCUCCAGGCUGCACUGUGCCCUUUUGUGCAGAUGCUUCACUACACCAUUAUAAAGUUGGUGUCAGGAACGACUAUGAAAAAAUCCAAAACUUUCAACUAUCACCUUAUGUGAAUCACAGGCCAUAGCUUCAUAAACACAAGACCACACCUUUGAGCCUCAGAUUCUCAAUUUUAUUCCCAAGGGAAAGAAAAUGAUUAUCUAUCCAGUGAAAUAUAAUAAGGGUGUAAACAGCCCUGAAGACUUGCCCCUUAAGCAAUUUGAAGGAAGCCAAAGCUCUGGGCAAGAGAAUGUUUCCCUGCAACUUGAAAAAAGUUCAAAGGUUUCAACCAAAUUUGUUAAAAGCAACAGGGUAUGUCUGCCUUAGGAAAUGCAGCUUCCAGGAGAUCUGCGCACACAAACACACACACAAUGUUCUAAAUACCUUAUUCUCACACUUCCGGAGCAGCUUCUUCUUGCCCAAGUCAUAGACCCGCAAGAGUUUCCCCACGCCAAUGAGCACUCUGCCUUGGAAGGGGGCAAUAGCAGCUGGUACCUCCUCUACUGGGGUCUGAACAGAAAGGAAAUGAAAGAGAAGAAGCCUUUGUCAAGAAGACUAAACAAAGAUCAUUAAUAGUACCCUCACUGCAUAGAUGACGCCCCACGACUACAAGGAUGGGCAAGUUUCAGCCAUGGCAAAGGAUACAGAUCCACCACCAGUGAGUUUUGGGGCUCACUUGAAUCAAAUACCCAUUUGCAUCUACUGGGGAAGAGAUUGACACUGCAAGCCAACGAGGACAAACUGCCUCUAGGAAGGGGUCUCCUAGUUCAGCUUCUGCCCAACAAAAGAACGUGCCUCCACUCAGGUCCAGGCUGCUAGGUAUCAACAAGGAGGGAGAAUUCAACUUUUGCAGUGCUCUGUACAUUGUUGGUUUUCUUCACGCCAGCAGAAGCCAAAGUAUUCAGCAACCACCAUCAGGUCUGCAAAAGCUCAAAUCAGAUCACCUAUAAAUGACCCAUUCACAGGUCUAUGCUUGUUUUGCUUCAAAUGUCCAUUAGAUAACUGCAACUGUCACAUCAUUAUUAUAAUUGCUCAAAUUUCCCUGGCAGCAAGCAAUGUGCAUACAUUUUGCAUGGCAAUCACAGGCAAAAUCCAAUGUGAUUUUUGAUCUGGCUGCUGUUUGUGGGCAGAAGGAAAACCAUUUGUGGAGUAGUUACUAACAGUGAUGGUCUUCUGUUCCCAACCAAGAGAUUUCCAUCCCAAAGAGUUGGGUCUCAUCAGUACAUUUUAGCAACCUCAUGGCAAGCCCCAUCCAUGUUCAUCUUCCCAGAUUCCUCCCCCUCCAACCCACUUGUGGAGGGAAUUCUCACCUUGUGCAAGAACUCAAGCUUCUCCCCACUGUUUAUCAACUUAUAGGUGUAGACAAAGCCUCCAGCCACAGACCGUGGGUUCAGGAUAAGGUCCUUGGCUACGCCCACUAGAACAUGCCAGUCGUCACCACCAUUGGCAAAUCGGCACACUGCCACACUGUAGAGAGCCAGAACGAUAACGUUACUUGACAAGACAAGGGAAGACUGGGAAGGCAAAAGAAGCAGUUGCUUCACAGCAACAAAGAGCAAGAGAGAACUCUUUGGGGGAAGGCAGCAGUGAAGAGUAUGUUGUACCAUUUGCUUGUGCUAAGGCAGCAUAGAAAUGCAAUAAUAAUAAUAAUAAUAAUAAUAAUAAUAAUAAUAAUAAUUUAUUAUUUAUACCCCACCCAUCUGGCUGAGUUUCCCCAGCCACUCUGGGUGGCUCCCAAUCGAGUAUUAAAAACAAUACAGCAUUAAAUAUUAAAAACUUCCCUAAACAGGGCUGCCUUCAGAUGUCUUUUAAAAAUAGGAUAGUUGCUUAUUUUCUUGACAUCUGAUGGGAAGGCGUUCCACAGGUUGGGUGCCACUACUGAGAAGGCCCUCUGUCUGGCAAUAGGCAAACUGAAUGAGAUUUACCGUUUUUUCGCUCUAUAACAAGCAUCUGACCGUAACACGCACGUAGUUUUUAGAGGAGGAAAACAAGAAAAAAAUAUUCUAAAUGAAACAGUGGAUGUAUGAUUUUUGUGGUUCAUGCUGUGGUCACAGACAUGUGAUCUGACGGUGAGUUGGGGUAGCCCAGUGCAAAAAUCCUGAGGAUCCAUGUGGAUCCAUGCUUUGUAACCACGUUUUUGCGCCAUUGCGGCCCCAUGAAACAGUGGGUGCGUGUGUUUUUUGGUGCAGGCUGUAGCCAUGGACAUGCUAUGUGAUCCGAUGGUGAAUUUGGGGUGACCCAGUGCAAAAAUCCUGAGGAUCCAUGUGGAUCCGUGCUUUGUAACCACGUUUUAAGUGGGGAGGAAGGAAAAGCACUCAAGGACAAGGAGCAUGUGUGGGGUGUGUGGAGAAGGAGCUUUUCGGGGAGCUGAGUGGGGAGGAAAAGAGCACUGUUGCUUUAAAGGUAUACUUAAGGUAUUUGCCCUGUGCCUGGGGUUUUUUCCAUUUAACAGUUUGCAGCCUGUUCCUUCCACUCCUUGUUUUGAGGCAGAAUAGAUUUGAGCAAGUGAGGAGGACUUGGAUUGCAGGGAUUCGCCAUUAGCUGUGUAAAAGCGCUCCUCCUUGCAGCCUUCUACUUUGUUUGUACACGUGGCUACUGGUAUCAGUGAUAAGCAGCCAGCAGCAAUAGAAUGGAGCACAAAAAAGCGAUAGGGGCACUAGGACCCAGACAAUGCUCAAAUCUAUCCUGCCUGUAAACAGCUGAGAAGCGGGGGAUUUGCCUAUUUUUCCCCUCUCCCUCAUCCGUGCCCUCCCCAGCCUUUUUUUUACUUCCUGGUUUUCACUGCGCUCGUGGCUGAGAGCUCCAGGUUGUUGUUUUUUUUUGCUGCUGGUUGCUUAAAUUUUAUCCUUCCUGAUCCAAGCCCUCCUGUGCCCUGCUGUCCCUCUGCAGCCUCAUUGCUCCGUUUAGAGAGCGCGCGGACCUUUGCUAGCUGAGGCUGCAGCAGCUGUUGCUGGCUACUUUAAAAGCGCCUGCUGGCUUCGAGCCGCCUGCCUCCUCCCAGCUCGCUAUGGCUCCCGUCUGUCCCUCCUCCCGUGUAAGCGGCUGUUGCCCGCUUUGCUGCCAUGGCUCUCCUUCCCUCCCUCCUCCCCGGCUCCUCCGAGCCGUAGGUCGCUUUAAAGCAAGCAAAGCGAGAGCCUCGUAGAGCGUGUAAGCGGCUCUCGCUUUGCUUACUUUCAGAGAGCCCCUCCUCCUGGCUGUAAAGCAAGCAAAGCUAGAGCCGUGCAAAGCCCUGCAAGCGACUCCCGCUUUGCUUGACUGACUCCGACCCAGUGCAUUCGCUCCGUAACACGCACAGGCAUUUCCCCUUACUUUCUAGGAGCAAAAAAGUGCGUGUUUUGGAGCGAAAAUUACGGUAAUUAGGGCCAUUGUCAGCUGAGCAGAUCAUGGUAAAUGACUGCCAAGCAUUGGUCUCAAGACCCCAAACAACUUCAGGUAGACCACAUUUUUGCUUUAUUUAAUUAGAUCCUAGAGUCAUCUGGCAACAAUAGCAUAAGUAAAUAUUUGGUUUGACUGGUGUACUUCAAGUAUGACCAAAGUAUGACCCAGUAUAAAGAGUAUUUCCAUUAUUUAGCAGAAAGGGCAGCAUUCAAAAGGGUAACUUGCUUCAGAGGUGCAGACACUGUUCCUUACCUGAAGGCGGCUUCAUUUUGCUCCAGCUGGACUAGAUCUAAAGUGUUUCCUUGGAUGGGGUUCAUCACCCGGACAACAGACGCCCAUUGUCCAUUUCCUGCCUUUGGGGCACCAAAGAUGGACUCAGGAAGGUUCUCGUUCAGAAACGCUGCUGCCAUCUCUGCAGCUAGUUCCCUCUCAUCUUCCCCUGCAGCUUCCACCAUUUCCUGCAAAGCACAAGGGGGCAAAAAAGGACUGUAAUGCCUAUCUCUAGUGCAGCAUCCUGUUCUCACAGUGGCCAAAGCAGAUGCCUCUUGGAAGCCCAAGCAGGACCUAAGUCAUUCCCAACAACUGGCAUUUAGAGGCAUGCUGCUUUUGGCAAUAGAGACAGAAUAUAGUCAUCAUGGUUAGUAGGCAACUGAUAAUCUACUGCUCCAUGAGUUUGUUUAAUGCUCUUUUAAAGCCAUCAAAGUUGGUGGCCAUCACUGCUUCUUGUGAUUAUGAUGAUUAGGCAGUCCUAACUGAGGUGCAGAAAAUAAGUGAGCUUUUCCAUGGGUUACAAAAGCAGACUAGCCUCCUCUCUAGAAAGGAAAGUGGUCACUGCUCUGCACUGUGUUGCAACAACUUCCCCACCAAGUGCAGCAGCCUCAAAAGAAGCUCCAGCUCAUAGAAUCCUGUCCCUGCCCUUCUUUGGUGAGAGCUAGGCCCCCGGCAGACGCCAGGCAUGUUACCUCCGCCAUCUGCUGCUUCCUUUGGGCUUUAGUGGCCUCAGUAUAAGCAUUGUGGUCCGUCUCAAUGAUGAUUAGGUUGUUGCUCUCAGGGUGGAUGACAAACUUCCUAGGAGUGUACUGCAACGGGAAGGCAACCUGGUUGAAGACAGCUCCAAGCUUCUCCAGGGCCAAAAUCCUAUGGGAGCCAAAAAGUUGCAGACAUUAAGAUUAUCCCAGUGAGCCACCUUAAAGGAACUAAAAGGACAUCCAAGCCGAACAAUGGAGCCUCCCUGGUGGGCCGGCAUCUAUGGCAUGAACUACCUUCCAUCAAGCAGACGCGGGACAUUUUCAACCUGAAAACUGACAACUUGCCUGGUAGCCAUCAGUGAUGGGGAGCUCCAUGAGUGUGUGAGUGAAAGGCACAGGAGGAAAGGGUCCUUGUGCCCCUCCUCCUUCAGUCUGCUUAGUGGAAGGCAGAGUGUUGUAUAUUCACCUGCACUUGCAUGAUGGCUAGAGACUAGUUACUUUUGCAGGCUUAUUUACAAUGGCCACCCGACACCCAGUUCACAGUACUUUGUAGUCUAUGGAGCUUCAUGCAGGAAAGCCUGUGGAUAUCAGCAUGCCAGGCAACCUCCUUUAGUAUUCAAGAUCAGGAGAGACAGCUGCCUCCUGCCCCUGAAGAGAGAUCAAGUAGACCUACAACAAAACCAACAUGGCUGCUAUUUCAGAACCACCUGAUGCUUUGUGAAAAAGUAGAGCAGCCUCUGAAGUGAACACUCCACAGACUGGCUACCACCAAGGAAUAAUCUCCUCCCAACAACCAGUCAUGCUUCGGGUGGGUUGCAGGGGGUGGGUGGCUGCCAUGUACAGCUCUCCCUCCCAUAUUGAGCAACUAGGAAGGAGGCCAGAUCAAGCUACUCAAUGCAGAGUGGGUAAGCCACCUUACCCAUGCAAGGUCAUGUAGAAAGGAGGCAUUCAGGGCAACCCUUUUGGGCACCAGCUGCCCCUGCUUUGUGCAGGAAGGAGCUUGGGACAGACAAGCAAGACAGACAGACAGUCCUGUGUGCCAAGAGAGAAGGCAAACAGGUUCCAUUAUUUGUUUCCUUUCCCACCGCUGGCAUUUUGAUACGAACCUCAGUGUGUUUGUUGAGAUGGCUACUAUGCCCUCUGGACACUGCUCGGAAGCAAAGCCAGAGGCAAACUCCAACGUUUCAUAUGAGAGGGGUGUUAAGUGGAAGCGGGACUGAUAGGAGUAACUCAGCCAAGAACGGCUUGACAUGGCCAGCACCUGGAGCAGGAGGAAAAGAAGAGAGAGAAAAUUCAGGGAGAGAACAGCAAAUGGGACAGAGCAGCUCACACCUCUGGGAACCCAGCUGGCUGCCUUCUCCUCCUAGCAGUCCACAAUCAAAGGCUCUGUUGGCAGGGCAGGGCAGAACUAAUUACAGGCUCUAGGAGUCCCCAAGCCAGCAGCAUAAGAGAAGUUGUGAGGGGGCCAAACUGAGAUUCCUGCAUUGCACAGUGUUGGUCUAGAUGACCCACAGGGUCCCUUCCAGCUCUACAACAAUAUGAUCCUGAAGGCCACAAGCCUGGCUACUUUAUCACCAACUUUCAAAAACACCUUGCACUCUGUAAAUCAGGUGCAAUGACUACAGCAGCAAGAGCCAGGCAAACAAAGGACAUUGAGUACUUCCUCCUUCUUUAAUGUCCCCCUCCCUUUCCCACAAGCAGCUAAAAUGAGCAGGACCCAGAAGAAGGCCAAGAUAUUUCCUUUCCCCUGGCCUCAUUAACACUCUUGUUUUCUCCCUCACUCACCCUCCCCAUCCAAUAGCAUGUAUUUUCCCUCUGUACCAGACGGUAAACAAGGAAUUUAGUUGUGAACUCAUCCCACCCCAAAUUUCUAAAAGAUCUUAGUCACCAGAUUCACAGUCCUCCUGAAGUUUUUGCUCCUCCCCCUUCAGCUUUUCAUGAGUGCACUCCUCUGAUUCCCCGCUCACUCACCGCUUCUUGGCCUUGCAUCCGGACUCGGAAGAGCUUCACAGGGCGCGAGCCCAGAUACCUGGUCCUUGUGUCAGAGAGGUCACCAGUAACUGGAUCAAGGACAGUUCGGAGAAGUACACCGUUCUGGGUUACAAGGGCAGAUGAGCAAAGCAAGGUGGGGGGAGAGGGACAAGGGAAGGCAGAGAGAAAAAGAGGCACCAGAUGAACUCAGAAUACCAAUGUAUCUUCAGCUCCUGACUCCAGAAGUCUUACUAUUUCCAGGUUUUCUCUGGCAUGUACAAAAUUAAGCACAACACUGCUACAAAGCUGCUGUUUCCUCCUUUAACAAACUAAGAAAAGGCUUUUUUGUGAAACCGCUUAAAGUGUAGGCUACUCCCACUUCCCACCUAAAUACAAAGACCCGCGACCCGCUGGAAGAUGAGCUCUAACACUUCCACCCUCCUCCCUGGCAGACAGAAGGUAUCCUUCACAAUGGGAUUAGAGUCUGCCUUAAUCAAGCGGGAGAGGGCUCCGUUCCUCGGGAGCUCUGGAAGAGUGAAGAAGGUGGCAGGAGGGAUGCAGUGCUCCCUUCUGGGAGGGUGUGUGGAAUGCGUCUCUAUAGGGUUGUACGAACUCAAGAAUAUGGCUUCCCACACAGUCCAGUCAAAUGCAGCAAGACCUGGUCCAAUCCCAUAUAUCAAGGAUCUAGCAAAGGUUCUGGGCAGUAACUGCUCACCUGCAAGCCAAUGUUCAGGUACAAGAAGCCAAUCGAGCCCCGCUCUCCCAGCUCAUCUUGCUUCUCAGCUCCACCCAUUUCCACAAUGCACAGUGAUUCUGGUUGGGCAGGGAGAGCUUGCAUACUCAGCGGCUGAAGACAGUCCUAAGGGAUGGAGAAGGAAGACACCAUUACUAAAGCAGAGAGAAAGAACAAAGCAUAACACAUAAGGUCUUUGUUGCUACCCUGAACCCUGAAUAAUAAAAUUUAUUACUAUUAAACAAAAACAUCUUGAAGGUCCCAGGCCACAGAGAGGUUAGGCUGGCCUCAACUAGAGCCAGGGCUUUUUCGGCUGCGGCUCCGAUCUGGUGGAAUGCUCUGUCACAAGAGACUAGGGCCCUGUGGGACUUGACAUCUUUCCACAGGGCCUGCAAGACAGAGCUGUUUCACCAGGCCUUUGGCCAGGGCACUGCCUGACUCCCUCCUUUGGCAGUCUUCACAGAACUCUAGCCCAAUGGUUGCCAUCAAUUUGAUUUGAAUUAAUUUUAUAAUGAAAUGAUUUUAGAAUGUUGUAUUAUUUUAUUGUUGUUAGCCGCCCUGAGCCUGGCUUCGGCUGGGGAGGGCGGGAUAUAAAUAAAUUUUAUUAUUAUUAUUAUUAUUAUUAUUAUUAUUAUUAUUAUUAUUCAGACAUCAGGUGAGGAACUGUAAAUGGCUGAAUUCUCCUUUGUACAAAAAUGCCUGGCACAUUUGAAGGAGAAGACUAGGCUGACCUGCCAAUUUUCUAUGUAGGAGGGCAUUCAACCACACACCCCAGCACUCUGAAGAGAUAAGACUGAAGAAGCACAUGGCAAUGUUGAUUAUGCCAACCUGCUCAAAGUGUUUCUCCAUUUGGAGCAAUCUGUGGGAAGAUUCAUUUCAUCUGAGGAAGUCUUUAAAGAAUCAUUUUUAGCUCUGGCCUUCUUUUAGGCAACCCAGUAUCUUCCAAAAGUUUGGAAUACAACUCCCAUAAUCCUCAGCCAAACUGGCUAGGGCUGGGGUGAGCUGUAGUUCAAACCAUCUGAAAGUCACCAGGUUGGAGAAAGCUCAUGUACAACAUACACCUUGAUUAUUGUGAAUUGACCUAUUAUAUGGCCACUGAAGCAUGACCAGAGGCUUGAUGCUCCUUACUGGCAUCAAGCCCUUUGGAAUGCCUGAACCUUCAAAUUAAGAGGCAGGGGUAUCAAAAAAAGAAGGGGAGGGGAGAGAAAGCAACUGCAGUUUGGGUUUGGAAAAGAGCAUGCUAGAGUUCAGCUGGAGUCAGCUAAAACUGGAAGACAUAUUGGGGUACUGGAGGAGUAAGCCAUGCCUUUGAGUUUCUGACAAAGCACCAGAAGUUGUAUUGCCCACUUUAUGAGUCUGCUUGCUUCCAAUAUGCUCUCCUUUCAUAUUAGAUAACAAACCAAAGUCAGUCUAGUGCAUUCUCACAUCCAAAGAAAGGAAAGCCCUGCUAACCACCCCUGGAACUUCCUCUCACUCAGUUUUUUUUGGGAGGGCAGUUUUGGUUACAAUACUUUAAUUCGGGUCAGCAAAGGCUUAGCUACAGGCAAGCGACUCUCAGGAAGCACUUACAGAGGGGUCGAGGGAAAUGAUGCGCACAGUGUUGUCCACCAGCCCAACAGCAAGGAACCGGGAGCGCUGCUCUCCUGGGGGAACAUUGGCCAAGCUCAUGCACACCACGUCAGCAGACAUCUCCUUCCUCUCUGUGUAUUCAUUCAGCUGUCCUGACUGGUGUGGAAAAAAGGCACAAUGGAGGAAGGAAGUCACACCUGGAUUAGCAGAACCAGACUCAUUUCAGAUCAAGAGCUGUGCAAUAAAUUCUUUGAACCAUGUAUGAUGACAGGUGACCUUGCUUGUUUGACCUUUUGAGGUAGGAAGCCUGGAGCACUUUGAAGAACACCAAGUUUAUCAGAGAUAAGCUGGUCUUAAAAAAUAUGCCAGUCUCUGCAACGGCCCACCAAAGCAACCCCCAAACACCCACCCCACCCAAAUGGCACAAAUCACCUGAAUGUUAUCCUGCACAAGAACCCCUGAAAUGAAGGAAUGUGACAUAAGGAGCCCAAUAAUGCUGUGGUGCAGUUCUCAUUUGUUUCCACUGCAAGUCUAGUCUGCAAACCCUCAUGAAAACCACACCUCCCUCCAGCUAAGCUCACGUACCGGGUCCAUCUCAAAGUAGACCAGCUCUCCCCCUGUCAGUGCGAUCACCACUUGUCUCUGAUUCACAGCACAUUUGACGAUGGUUUUCUUCCCUGGUGUUUUCCACUCAUUAACUCUUUUAUCUGCUCUGAUGUGCCGGAUGCCAUCAGGAUAAACCUAAACAAAUACAGAAAUAAGAUGCUGUGUGAGUCCAUCUGACAGGAACUGCCUUUGCUGUUCUUUCCAUUAUUAAGCUAGUCUUGCAAGUCAGUUCACAGAAGUUAUCAGCCUAGCCUUUUUUAAUUUUUUCCUAAACUGCUUGCUCACAUACAGUUUUUUACUGUCAUUUGGACACACCAGAGGUCAACAAGGGAAGUAGAAGAACCAGCACCUCUUAUCUGGUUUACAAAAGCUUACUAAGCCUGCUCAUCUGUAGCCCAUUUGCCACAAGCACAUGGCAAGAUUUCCAUGCCUACCUAUACAGCUUUUUAGUUUGCAAAGUGAUCUAUAAUCUUUAUCUCAUUCACACAACUAAUUUCUGCUGUUCACCAUCAAGUGCUCUCAUUAUAUCUAGCUGAGAGAGGGCAAGGUCAACAAACAGCAACUUGAAAAGUGCCACCAAGGUAAAUGAUUAAGAUUCCACAAGCUCCUAUCUACCUUUAAAACAAAACAAAACAAAAAUCACAGGGAAUAUUAGUCUAUGCAACCAGUUAAAAUAAUGCAGUAGAAGACUAAAUGUUUUUAGUAAGAGCGGAACACCAAGGGAAUCUUACUUUGAAAGGCUCUGGAAACAACCCUUUCCCAACCUUAAAGGUGACCUUAUCCUCUAGCCAGUUUGCAGGUCCCAGCUAUUAAAUUAGCUACCACCACCCCAUCCAUGCCAGGAGAGCACCACAACCAAACCCUCUCUCCUUGCAUCUCUUGAGAAGGCCAAGGGGCCUGGCUGUAAAAGGCAAGCAGAACACGAAGAGGUAAAAGGCCCCUUACCUGCACCAAAGCAUCAUCUCCCAACAAUGAGCAAGACAAGGUGGGCGUAGUACCAAGGAAUCCUGAGUCUGUAACCUCCUCUACAGUUUCUCCGAUAGACAGUACCAGGGUGGCAUUGACGAAGGACACAAUGAUAUAGGCAUCAAAUUCAUCUAAUUACAGAAGAAAGAAGACAGGUGCCAAUAUUUAGAAGGUCAAGAAAGAGGUUUGUAGAACAACUAUGGACAACAGAAACUCUUCAAAAAGACUACAGUUAUUUCCAUCAUCACUAUCACACACAAGUUCAUGACAGGGGGCCGCAUGGCCUUCAGACACUUGGACCGUGGUAAAAGGAGAAGAACACUCAAGGCACAAGGAAGCUACAGCUGUGCGAGAAGUGUGGACCUUCUUUGAGAGCCUCCCCCUCCCAUUUAUAUCAUAAUCACAUCUGGGUCAGUGUACAACUGGAGUAAAAACAGUUUUUCUCUCCUCCUAACCACAAGAAAAUGAUCAGACAAGACGUUUAUGCCUGCAGCCAGCCAACAAAACAGUUUAUUCUCAUUUGCUCUCUCUAAAUUACACACACGAACACAGCGUAUCUGUAAAACAAAAAUUGUGAUGCAGAUCAAAAUAAAUCCCACAGGUUAAUAAAAUACACCAACCCAGACAAUGUAACUUAACUAAAACAUAUGAGAUGCAGCUAAUUUAGUUCUUUUAUAAAAAAAAAUGGAGUUGGCAGGAGGGAUAACAAAACAGUAUUAUGAAAACAAUGAACUAAUGAAGCAGAUGGAAGCUCAGAGAACAAAUGGUUAGCAACCUCUCACAGCUUUUAGAUCUUUCCACCAGAAGUUAAUAGUAAGAAGUCACACACCUUCUUUCCACAUUCCAGAAAGAAAUAAACCCAGAAUGCCACUGAUCUAUUAAGCGCCAGAUUGAGGAAUCCGAGUCAGAGCAGGCUUUUGCAGAGCUAGAGAAACUUCUAUGGCUUCACAGGUAUAAAUUGCAUUGAACCAUCAAAAUGCAAGAUUAGAAGCCACUAGAAAGAGAUAUGCCCAUGGUGGCAAGAUCCCCACUUCUGCAUCAAGAUGCUCAUCUCUUUGCAUCUUCCCACAAUGGAGCCCUACAGGAACUCCAGGUCAAGCAGUUGUCCUCCCUAGAGUUCAGGCUUCCACAACAGAUGCUAAGUAGCAAGUCCGGUUUCGUUACCAGCAAAAAGACCAAGGGGAUUUCUUGUUCAAGGGGCAGAAGGGAAAGAAUUUGGCUGCAGUUUUAUUGAAAUGAAUGGGGGCAAAAAUGAAGAAAUAAACAGCAAUACUGCCAAGGAUGGAGAUACCAGGGGGGCAACAUGGAUUCAACUGAAGUAAAAAAAAAAAAUUGGGGCUGAAAAAGAGACUGUAAUGUUAACUAACAUAGUGUCCACUCGGCUUGGAAAUGGGGACAUGAACACUUUCCAGUUGUCUUCUAUCCAUAGAAACAAAAUAGCUUAUUCACAUGUUUUAAAUAUAGUGCCAGAGAUUACAAAGGAUUUAGACAAUGCAUAGAUACGUUAAUAUGAAUUGUAAUUGGCUGUAAGUCGCUUUGGGUUGCCUUGGGAAAUAUAAAGUGACUAACAAAUUUAAUAAUAAACAAAUAAAUAUGUAACAUUUUAACAAACACUUCACUGUUCAGUUUCCUCACAUUCACUCUGCCAAUGAAACCAUUUAGAAAUUACCACUAUAGCAGAAAACAUUUCCCCUGCUGGUGCAAUCCCUGGUAGUGCUGCAAAUACCCCCCCAAAAGAAAGCCCUGCAGGGACACGGCCAGUUAGGGUAGAAAAUACUGAGCCAAUGGCCCAAUGGUCUGAAUGGAUACAGGGCUGCUUCAGUGUUCCCGUCACCUAUGCUUGCCAAGUUAAGCACUCUCCAGCUUGGCCUUUUACAGGGGCAGCACACAAAUCAGGAUCUUAAGCUGUGUAUUUCUUUUCAUCUGUAGACCAGCAGCUUCAAAGAACUCAGAUAUGGAAAACAGCCAUUCUAAAGAAUUAAAUACCAACAGCGGACUGGCCCACCAAGCUCACAGCCAAUCCUGUGG